GGAAGUGCAGGAAGCUUGGAAGGAGAGGCGGGUUUGCUACGAUCAUGGCUGCUAGGAACCAGGGCACGGCGCUAGGUAAGGCUGGCUCGGUUGCUGCCGAGCGGGAGGGCGCAGGCAGGCGCCAGGGUCGUUGCAAGCCCCGCGCGUGCUUACUCACAAGCAAUCCCAGCUGUGCCCGUUUAGACGCAAGCCCUGCUCAGUUCAGCGUGGCUUACUUCCAGGUCAAUGGGGGGCUGGGAUUGCAGGAGAAGCCCCACUGGGUUUGGGACAUUCUGUGCCUGGUUAAGGAUACGCAUCGGUGCUGUCAGGGGGCGCAUUCAUUAGGGGUGACCCCUCCCCAGAUGCAACAGGACUGGCUUAUUUUUUUUUGGGGGGGGUGUCCCACUUUUCAACUGGCUUGGCAAGACCCCGCAUUCCAGAAUCCAAAAAUAUUUUAAGUCUUCCACUGUCUACAUACAGUAUCCAACAGUGCAAUUUUCUGUAUAUGUCCUUAAAUUCUGCUAAUAAGAUUUGCUAUCCAGUGAGAGCAUGCUGUGCAAUCCUAAUCACUAGCAUAUUAAGUAUUAUUAUUAUUAUUAUUUAUGAGUAUCCUGUCCUUCCUCAGAGGGGCAGCUCAAAGCAGCACUCUUUGUCUUAUCCUCACAACAGCCAGACAAGGUAGGUCAGGUUGAGAGCUGGCAAAUGGCCCAGUAAGCUUUGUUUGAGUGGGGAUUUGAACCCUGGUCUCCCAAGUCUUAAGGGCAGCAUGCUAACUGCAGAUGAGACGUAUUUAUGGAGAGGCAACACUGCUGAGGUCAGUGGCACUUUCACCUUAGUCAAUCUGCUUUAUUUACUGCCCAAGCUUGCUGGUGACCCCAGGAAGAAAAGAAUUCUGCACUUUGUAAUAGUUGGGGGAGAGAAGAGAAACUUUCGUAGCUGCAGCUUGUGAAGGGUGGUUGUGGGAAUCCACUUUUCUAAACUCCUUCUGCUACGCAGGUAUUGUGGAGGUACAGUGGUGCCCCGCAAGACGAAUGCCUAGCAAGACGGAAAACCUGCUAGACGAAAGGGUUUUCCGUUUUUGAGUUGCUUCGCAGGACGAGUUUCCCUAUGGGCUUGCUUCGCAAGACGAAAAUGUCUUGCGAGUCUUGAGAUUUUGGUUUCGCUUUCCCCCCCCCUUUAUCUAAGCCGCUAAGCCUUUAAUAGCCUUUUAGCAGCUAAUCCGCUAAGCCUUUAAGCCUUUAAUAGCCGCUAAACCGCUAAUAGCGCUAAUCCGUUAAGCCGCUAAUAGGGUUGCUUCGCAAGACGAAAAAACCGCUAGACGAAGACACUCGCGGAACGGAUUAAUUUCGUCUUGUGAGGCACCACUGUAGCUGCCUUCCUUUUCAGCUUUGGUCAUCCUUGGCAAAAUUCCUCUUGUUAUGAAAGGGUUUAAAGUCCACACCAGGGGAGCAGAUCUAUCUGAAUCGCACGUGGGUUUAGUUCAUUGGUGGAAAUUUGGUGCAUGGAUCCUCUUGCAAAAACUGCAAGUUAUUAUUAUUAUUAUUACAUAUACAGUGGUACCUCAGGUCAAGUACUUAAUUCGUUCUGGGGGUCCGUUCUUAACCUGAAACUGUCCUUAACCUGAAGCACCACUUUAGCUAAUGGGGCCUCCUGCUGCUGCCGUGCCGCCGGAGCACAAUUUCUGUUCUCAUCCGGAAGCAAAGAUCUUAACCCGAGGUACUAUUUCUGGGUUAGCGGAGUCUGUAACCUGAAGCGUAUGUAACCUGAAUGCAUAUGUAACCUGAGGUACCACUGUACAUAUGCACCCUGCCUGUUUCGAGAGACAGUGGCUCUGAGGGUGAAAUCAAAUUGCCGCAUUACCAGCUCCAAAGUGAGCUCCUUGGGGUGUGAGGCUGAGCAGUGUGUCUGGAGGUCCUCAGCUGCCAGGACAUCAAGAACAUGCACCCCACCCUGGGGGCCUUGCUGAUGUGGUCCAAAGGAAAGUAGAGCAGCACAUCUGGCACCAGCAUGCAAGGCAUCAUCUAAUCAUUACGGAGGCUGAUGCCAAACGUAUUGCUCUACUUUCCUCUGGACCACAUCAGCUUGGCUGCAGGAGUUGCCAGAAGGAGGCGUACAAGGUGCCGUCCAAACUGUCUUAGGGACUCCGUUCCAGAUAUCUGUGGGGUUUCACUCCUGAGCCUUUUCAUCUGAAGAUACUCCACAGGGCAGCAGAGGUUUAGGAUCAGAGUUUUCCUUCUCCUAGAUGGGCUACCUUCCCGGGUUGAUGAGCCGCAUUUGCCCCUCACUUCCCUCUACGCAGCCUUUCUCAACCUGUGGGGCCCCAGAUGUCGUUGAACUACAACUCCCAUCACCCCUGGCUAGCAAGGCCAGAGCUCAGGGAUGAUGGGAGUUGUAGUCCAGCAACAUCUGGGGACCCACAGGUUGAGAAAUGCUGUGUCUACAGCAUGUGCAGAAAAUGCCUUCUUGACCGUUUGACCCACUAUUGGUCUCAUUUUCUCAAUCUGCUGGAGGGGAAGUCCCUAACUCACUGAGGGUUUUAGACCCAUCGGCUACCCUCACCUGGUUUAACCAGCCAGUCAAAGCCGUUCUCAGGGUGUGACCACUGUCACUUGCUGACACUUUCUAGGAGCUCAGUCUACAAAAGGUGAACAUAUUACACCAGAAGGAACACCCUGCCAGAGCUACUACUACUCCCCUACCACCCCAGACACUCCAAGGGUUUAUACAAAUAAAUAAUUAUAAUAAUAAUCUCUUAUCAGCCCUAGCCAGCAUGAGCAGUGGUCACGGGAGUCCAGAAGCAUCUUGAGUGCACCAGAUUUGGUACGUGUAUUUGGUACACCCUGAGUAUAUAGGGAUAGUAAAAGAAGCUUGCAAGUUCAAAGAUCGAGUAAUGGAAAAGGCAGUAAUAGGUUUAGUGCAGGCAUAGGCAAACUCCGGCCCUCCAGACAUUUGGGACUACAACUCCCAUCAUCCCUGACCACUGGUCCUGUUAGCUAGAGAUGAUGGGAGUUGUAGUCCCAAACAUCUGGAGUGCCGGAGUUUGCCUAUGCCUGGUUUAAUGCCUUGUUAUGCACUACAAAGGAAUUAUAACUCUAAUCAGGAUACAGUGGUACCUUGGGUUACAUACGCUUCAGGUUACAUACGCUUCAGGUUACAGACUCUGCUAACCCAGAAAUAUUACCUCGCAUUAAGAACUUUGCUUCAGGAUGAGAACAGAAAUUGUGCAGUAGUGGUGCUGCAGCAGCUGGAGGCCCCAUUAGCUAAAGUGGUGCUUCGGGUUAAGAACAGUUUCAGGUUAAGAACGGACCUCCAGAAUGAAUUAAGUACUUAACCCGAGGUACCACUGUAUAUGUAUUUGAAAAACAACGUCCCAAAAAUGUAGAGAUUGCAAGGCAAAACCAUCACAUAUACAGGUUAGCAAUCCAGGCUCACUCAGGUAAGCUAACGAGUCCUAAGAGCUUUUUAAAAAGGUAACCAAAAAAGCAAACAAAAACUCAAUGCAUAUAAAAAAAUCAAAGAUUAAAUUCUAAGAACGCUCACGACUGCGAAUGGAACAGAAAGUCACCAUUCAUCUACAAUUGCAAAAUAUCACCGAAGAACUGUCUGAGGGUAGAAAUCCAGCCCUAGAUUUUGGGGGUCCUCAAAAGACAGAGUGUGUUGGGGCCACAACUGAGAAGGCCCUGUGAAUAAAUCCUGAGUAUUGUAGGGAACAUGGUAAGCUCUCUUACACCAGAUCAGAUGAGUUGACCCUCCAGCCCAUUAUUGUCUACUUUGACUGGCAGGAGCCAGAGUCUCGGGAUUAGGGGUGAGCCCAUUUCCUAUUAUCUGCUACCUGAUCUUUCUAAGUGGAGGUGCUAGGCCAGGGAUGGGGACCUCUGACUUCCAGGUGGUGUUGAACUCCAACUCCCACGAUCCCUGUCUACUGGGCCAUGCUGACUGGCGCUAAUGGGAGUUGGCGUCCAACAUCUUUUUAAGGCUGUCAGUGUGCCGUAGAUGUCUAAAAUGGGUAUCUCUGGAUGCUUAUAGAAAUCUCGCCUCUACCAAGACAGGCCUUGGAUCCCCCUUGCUCAGUAGUGUAACUUGAAGUCAUCCGUUCUACCCUCCGGAGCAGGAGAAAACAAGCUGGCUCCAUCUUCCAUGUGUCAGCCCUUGAGAUCUGUGAAGACAGCUAUCAUCUCUCCUCUCAUGAAGUAUAGCACUUCAUUGCCAGCCAUUUGGGCAGAUAUUCCACUACCCGCCGCUUCGUGGGUUGGCACCGUUUUAUACCAAUUAAAGAGAAUUCGCCUGUACUCUGUAGCCAUCCAGUUCAAAGCUAUCUUAUUAACGUCCUUUUCUCUUUGGCGCAACACCAGCUAUGCUGCCGUACCCUGAGGCAUAAUGGGCCAAGCUGCCUACAGUCACAGGCCCUCAAGUUAAAAAAGAAAAGAAAAAAAGAAAGAUAGACUCUCCUAUGAAACUUCUAAAUACAGUUUUGAAGAUUGUUUUCCCCCCACUCUCUCUUCUUCUUUUUUGGACACGUCUUCAGAGGGAGUAAAACAUUCUCUCUUUUUUUCCAGAGGAGGAUUAAAAGAAAGUUGGCUAAUUAGCUGUAGUUUAACUGCUUUAAUUACUUUUAUCCCUGAAGCCCCAUGAAUAUUUAGAUGGAGCAGAUGACAUAUAAAAAAUGGUACUAUUCACGCUCCAUGUUUAAUGAAUAUCUAAGCUGCUUCCCUGCUCCUCCUUUGGCAGGUACUUGAGAUGAUUCACACAUAAUUCCCCCCUCCCAAUAUAUCCAGAUUUCUGACCUGCAUUUGCCUGGAAAGCUGGACUCUGAAACAGCAGUAUCAAACGGAGGGUUGCACAUCUUUCCCAGGCCUUGUAUACCUGAAAUGCAUAUUUUUUUAGGAGCCACUCUUUUCUAUUGAGUGAAUUAUUUUUUUAAAAAAAAUAGGUUUCAAUACUCUAUUUUUAAAUUGAUGUGAGCUGUCCUGGGACCUUACGGUGAACGGCAAGUAAGAAAUCAAGUUAAUAAUAACAUGUGCUUCUCCUGCUUACCUAGGAAUAAUCUGUGUAUAGUAUAUGGGGGGGACACUGGUGGCGCUGUGGGUUAAAUCAUAGAGCCUAGGACUUGCUGAUCAGAAGGUCGGCGGUUCGAAUCCCCGCGACGGGGUGAGCUCCUGUUGCUCGGUCCCUGCUCCUGCCAACCUAGCAGUUCGAAAGCACGUCAGAGUGCAAGUAGAUAAAUAGGUACCACUCCAGCGGGAAGGUAAACGAUGUUUCCGUGCGCUGCUCUGGUUCGCCAGAAGCAGCUUAGUCAUGCUGGCCACAUGACCCGGAAGCUGUACGCCAAUAAAGUGAGAUGAGCACUGCAACACCAGCGUCGGCCACGACUGGACCUAGUGGUCAGGGUUCUCUUUACCUUUUUUACUAUGGGGGGGGGACUUUAUUUGUGAAGCAGUUCUCAAAAGAGGGCAUAGGUCCCCAACUUUUCCAGUCCCCGGGUGACACAUUUUGAAAUCUGAGAAACUGGCAUGGACAUCACACUGCAAAACGGCUCAGGGAUUGAAAUUGUGGUUUUCUUCCUUGCAGAAUUUAAUUCUGAUUAAACUUGCAUGUGGAUAAGAAAGGCUACUGAAUUUGGGUGAUGUGUGCAAAAGUGGCCAGAGUGGCUGGGGCAACUCAGUUAGAUGGGCAGCAUACAAAUGAUGAGGAUAAUCAUCAUCAUCAUCACCAUCAUUGCAAAGUUUCGCCUUUCAUCCUUUGCAGUUUGGGGAAAGUUCUUGUGCAUGGAUCUGUCCACCCUGCCAGCUGCUGCCCAGGGUAAAAAGGUGGGGGACAGGACCCCAAACAAUCCUAAAUAUAAUUUCAAAAGGAAAAAAUAAAGAGUGGGGCAAAGGGCCUUAAUAGGCACCAAGCAGCAGAUCUGGGGGUGCCAUGUUGCUUAUUGAUUUGGUUUGGUUUAGUUUUUACGUCUUUGUUCUGCUUUAUUAUUUGGGUUACAUAGAUGCGAUGCAAUAAGAAUACAUUCAAAAUAAUAAUAAUAAUAAAUGUACUAAACGGAACUAGGCACUUUUCCUCACAGACCUCAGCUGGCUUGCGAGAGUCCGAGUGAACCAGCCGGCGGUCCUGAGGCGGGCAGCUCAAAUUCAGACACAGCGGGCUGUGAAAAAGAAUUGGCAGGUAAGUGGCUCCCAGGAGAGGGUCGUGUCUGAGGGGGAGGGAACAUGCUUUGCGUGUCAAAGGUCUCGAGGGUGAUCCCUAGAAUCUCCAGGUAGGAGCUGGGAGAAUCCCCUGCUUGAAACUCUGGCUGCCGGUCAGUGUAGGCAGUGGGCCAGUGAUCUGACUCUGUAUCAGGCAACGUCCUUUUGCUCCUUGAGUAUUCUGCUCUCGUGUUCCACAGACACCUGUUAUACCUCCAUGGGCUUUAAUACAUUCAUACCUUGGAAGUUGAACGGAAUCCGUUCCGGAAGUCCGUUCGGCUUCCAAAACGUUCAGAAACCAAAGCGCGGCUUCUGAUUGGAAGCUCCUGCAGCCAAUCGGAAGCCCUGUCGGACGUUCGGGUUCCAAAGAACAUUCGCAAACCGGAACACUCACUUCUGGGUUUGCGGCGUUCAGGAGCCAAAACGUCCGAGAACCAAGGCGUUCGGGAUCCAAGGUACGACUCUACUGAAUUUUGUUCCAGUUGCCUAUAGGCAUAAAAGAUGGUGCUUGCCUUUUUUAAUAAUUCAUUUUUGAGGACCAUGGUAAUGAGGCUGGGAGAAAGAUUCUUUUCCAACAGCGAGUUUUUGUGUACAUGUGUGGUGGGUGCUGAGGCACCUCAGAGAGGGGCAAAACCAUAAAUAAGCUUUAAAUAUGCUGAUUCCUGAGUGGGUAGGAAUGUGCAUUUUCUAAGCCACCUCUUGGACAAUUCUUUUAUUAUUAUCAGUGUAUUUUUUUUAUUUAAGAAAUGUUUCGGGGUACUCUCAUUUUGACUCAAGAAAAAUCACCAUUUUAUAGUUCAGAUCGGGAAAUAUAAGUACAGGAAAUGGACAAAAGUACAAAGAUUCGCAAAAUGUUUAGGGGUCUGCAUCCCCUCAGAAAAAAGCACUGAUGAUGAUGAUGAUACUUGGAAACUCCUGGUCAGCCCUGGAGGCCUGGCAACCUUAACUGGGGCUGGUGGGACUUCAAGUUCAAAACUUACUGAGCUUAUUUUCCAGACUCUGAAUUAUUUUGGUUGCCCUCCCCUGCACACAUUCCAGCUUGUCAACAUCCUUCUUAAAUUGUGUUGCCCAUACCUGCACACAUUAUUCCAGGUGUGGUCUGACCAGGGCAGAAUAGAGAGGUGCUAUUACUUCUUUUGGUCUGGACACUAGACUUCUGUUGCAGCCUUUAGAAUGUUGGACGUUCCCUUUUCAUCAUUGGUUGAUAUUCUGUGUGGUUUUCAUGGGUUUUACGUAUUUGUUUUUACCAAAAUAAAGAAAAAUUACUUAAAUAAAACAUCCACAUUAGAGCAAUGACUUUAUAUUACUGACUGAAAUAUCACAAAAUCCUGUUUGGUUGCUCAACUAAAGGCAUUGCCCUAAUAUGGAUAUUUGAAUGUCUCUGCUUAAAAACUGAUAAUAGUGAGUUUUAAUGUCAGCUUGGAUUAGACUGACAUAUUUCUUUGAAAUAUCGUGAGUGUUGGCAAAGGUUUGGCUAUGGAAUUUGUAGUCAGACUCUCAUAGCUCGGCCUCUUCUGUAAAAAUAGCUUCUCGGUUAAACAACAACCAAAAAAAAAAAGCCCCCCUACAAGUUCACACCAAUUCUUGGAACCGUUUUUGCUACAUCUGUCUUCACAACUCGUUUUUCAACUGCGGAGGCCAGAAUCUCUUUCCUGGGAGCUGAUUAUACAUUCAAUUUUCAUUCCAUUUAUUUUAACUGGAAUAGGAAUUCCAACAACAAUAAAAGUGCGCUUGGUCUCUUUUCUACACGUACAGAAAGCAAAACAAAGUGCUUCAGAGCAAAAAGAAAUCCUUUGUAUCUACCCCUGCUUUCUCCAUGAGAUAGGGAAUCUAAAUGAUUCUCAAGCAGAGCUUGAUUCAUAACAUCCGUUCUCAAUACAGCACAGUCUGUUUUUCAGCACUUUACACUGGGGUGCAAAAAGAUCUGGGGAUGUUCUAGGAGGGUCUAGAAAGAGAAGCAAAGGGUGCUAAAACAGCUAAGUGCCACAUUUCAAAACAGUUGGGUCCAGACCUAGAGCAAUAGUCAGCCAUGCAGUUCCAUUAGUGUGAGGACUUAUGGCUGUGCAGUGGAACUUUCUCCUCUAUGUGCCCUGUAAAUCUCUUCCGGAUUUCCCCACAAACCUCUGGAGCAGAUCUGGGGAGGCCAUGAGGGGUUUGUGAGGAGGCGAGGUUCCACUAACCAAAUAGGAAAAAGCAACAACCAUUACCAUUGUUGAGUAAGCAGUUAAUGUUUCAGUCUUGCGCUUUUCAGAAGCAACAGCCCCAAGACUCUGAACUGGGGUUCCCAGGGCAAGGCUUGGCAGGUUGCAUUCCUCCGUGAAGUUCGGGAAGCUUAGUAAAGUCUGCCUGAAGUGAGCUGAUUUCUUGAUUUCACAGUCCUUUUUUAAAAAACCAAAACAAACAAAAGCAAGAUUUGAUUUUGAUGGCCGAUGAAUUUUGGAUGGAAACGAAUUCUUCUAGCGUUUCAGUGGUACCUCGGUUUUUGAACGUAAUCUGUCCCAGAAGACCAUCCCAGUUCCAAAACGUUCAAAAACCGAAAACUCAGUACGGAAGCCUCUGUACAGAAAACUCAAUACGGAAGCCGCAUGGCAUGUUCGACUUCCAAGGCGCAUUCAGAAACCAAAGCAUUUAAAAACACAUUUGAAAAUGGCUAUCACAUUACCUCUCAGUAUUCCUUUCUCUAGGUUAUAAUACUUUAAAUACUUUAAAUGCAAGGCAAUGGGUCCAGUGCAAUCUGGACAAAUUUAUGCCCUUCUAAUUCCCAUACACAUCAGAGGGAACAGCAUUAGGGGUGUGUGGGUGACCCUUCCAUUGUAAUCAGGGAGAUUUUAAAUUGCCUAACUUUAGAUGGGUCAUACCUGGUUUUUUGUUUCCUUUUAAAUACAUUUAUUUCCUUCUCUCCCCAGUAUGCAUGAAAUGUGCCAGUUGAAAGAUGCAGGGGGCAAAAUAUUGUCUGCUUAAUCACCCUGAUCCCACAGCUGUUUAAAUUAAACCACGAGCUACAGGAAGGAGGGGGAAUAGGAUCUGGACCGGUGAGAAGGAUCCCUAUUGAAAGCAGGGUUUGGUCAGCUGUGGUUGGGAGCAUUUUCAGCAAACUGGUUUUGUUUAAAAAUCACCAGAAGCUUCUGAUCUUCUUCUGGCACAGAAAAUAGAUGAGAGGAGGGAAAGUGAGAGUCUGUGGUUCAUUGUAGCUUGUUUAUGUACCAGCGCUCUUAUCUGUCCUGGCCUCUGAAGUACCAGGUGUUCUCUAGGCAUGCAGCUAUAUGAUAAGGCCUUUUCUUAAUAUAUAUGUAUAUUUCUAUAUGAUAAAAGGCAGCUUGGCACCUGAGGGCCGUCACCUGCAUUGACCUCACCACCCUUUCGGGCGAUGACACCCCUUCCAACGUCUGCAGGUUGUGCUACAAAGCGAAGCAUCCCAUCCGAGCGGAUCUGUUGCAAGCUAUGAGCGUGGACGGCAAAGGUAAGUCUUUCUGUGCAAAGCAGGAACAGAACCUUGGUUCUGUUCAGGUCAUGCUGACCUUUAAAGCCCUAAAUAGCCUCAAAGGCCCAGUAUACCUGAAGGAGCUUCUCCACCCCCAUCGUUCAGCCCGGACACUGAGGUCCAGCUCCGAAGGCCUUCUGGCUACGAUAAGCCAAGUUACAGGGAACCAGGCAGAGGGCCUCCUCAGUAGUGGCACCCACCCUGUGGAACGCCCUCCCACCAGAUGUCAAAGAGAAAAGUAACUACUGUACAGUGGUACCUCAGGUUAAGAACUUAAUUCAUUCCGGAGGUCCAUUCUUAACCUGAAACUGUUCUUAACCUGAAGCACCACUUUAGCUAAUGGGGCUUCCUGCUACCGCCGCGCCGCCGCUGCACGAUUUCUGUUCUCAUCCUGAAGCAAAGUUCUUAACCCGAGGUAAUAUUUCUGGGUUAGCGGAGUGUGUAACCUGAAGCGUCUGUAACCUGAGGUACCACUGUACCAAACUUUUAGAAGACGUCUGAAGGCAGCCCUGUUUAGGGAAGCUUUUAAUGUUUAAUAUUGUAUUUUAGUGUUCUGUUGGAAGCCGCCCAGAGUGGCUGGGGAAACCCAGCCAGAUGGGUGGGGUAUAAAUAAUAAAUUAUUAUUAUUAUUAUGUGUAUCUGGAAAAGAUACAUGGGCUGUUUGUGUGCCAAGUCCCUCGGAUCGAUCCUCUGGUAUGUGCUGGUUUCUGCUGAACGGUUAGUCCGGCUCAGAAGGACAAUCUGGAUUCCAGGGCUUCAGCUGAAGAAGUGAGAACUGCAACGAAAUGUUGCAGUGUUUAGCACUCCUGUUGAGGGUGCUAACCUCUUUUAGAAUUCUCCAUUGCAUUUCCUCUCCCUUUCUGGUUUUUCCAUUCCCCUCCCACCACUCCAAUAGCCUUAACCAUUCUUUGGCCACAGAGCAUGCAAGCGCUCACAGUUCUGUUUCUGGAGUUCCCUUCCACUUCAAAGUCCCCCCCACCACUUGUACUUCUGCAGACAUUCCCCCACUCCUGCUUAUACCUCCUUAUUUUACUUACUUAAGGUAAAGGUAAAGGGACCCCUGACCAUUAGGUCCAGCCGUUUACCUUCCCGCUGGAGUGGUACCUAUUUAUCUACUUGCACUUUGAUGUGCUUUCGAACUGCUAGGUUGGCAGGAGCAGGGACUGAGCAAUGGGAGCUCACCCCGUCGCGGGGAUUCGAACCGCCGACCUUCUAAUUGGCAAGUCCUAGGCUCUGUGGUUUAACCCACAGCGCCACCCGCGUCCCAUUUUACUUACUUAUAUUUGUACAAACAUUUAUAUAUGGCCCACUUGUAUAAAUCAUCAAGGUGGUACGUACAAUUCCAAUGAAGCACGGAAGCAUACUGUCAUAAAAAUGAUUUGCAGUGGGCGUUAAUUAAAGAACGGAAUAGGCUUUUCGGCAUAAAAAAAUAUAUUUGAGAGGCGCCUGAAAGUUGGCAGUGAGGAUGCCUGGCAAAUCUCUGCUGGAAGAGCUAUACUAAAUGCCCAACUUCAGGUUGAAGACCGUCAUGUUUCUGAGAUAUGAGGGGGAAACUAGCAGGGUUCUCUUGUUUAGUAAUAAUAAUGAUUUAUUACUUAUUCCCUGUCCAUCUCACUGGGUUGCACCAGCCAUUCUGGGGGGCGGGUAUGAUCUCUCUGUUUCAGCUGGGAUGUAAGGGCCUGGACUGUCCUCUUUUUUUAAUAAAUUUUUUAAUUCAUUUUUCUUUUUCAUUCAUUACAUACACCUCAAAUUCUUAACAUUUACUAUAUAUUCCUCCCUCCCUCCCCUCCAAGACUUCCCCCAGCUUCCGCUUCUGGUUUGUUUCUAUUUUCACCCAUUUUGCUAUCUCUUGACAAAAAAAGUUAUUAAUAACAUAACAUCAAACCUAAAAAAAAAAGAGUAAAAUUAAAUGCACCAUCAUAUUUCACUAUCUUCUAAACAUUUUCUGAUGCUGAUAAUGUGAAUGUUUAUUUAAAUCCUGCCAUCAAGUCUAUUGACUUUCUUUGUUUCUGCGAAUAUAAUAUGAAUGGUUCCCAAUCUUUUUCAGAGUCUCUGUUGUCUUUUUCUCUUAGUCUAUCUGUCAUUUUUGCCAGUUCUGCAUAGUUCAUCAACUUCUCUUGCCAUUGUUCUUUAGCUGGUAUUUCUCCAAUUUUGUGCAAUCAACAUCCGAAACUUUGCCCCCUUUUUGGUGCAUUGUUAUAUUUGCUAACAUUCCGUUAUGAAAUUUUCCUCGUGGUGGUUGGUUUUGAGACGCAUUCUGGUUUUUAUUUGUUGUAAACCGCUUUGUGAGUGACUGUUUUCAUGGGAAAGUGGCAUAAAUAUGACCCGUAGAUCUCCUGUUGCCCUGAUCAUGGAAUGAGUAAGCCCGAUAAUCUUCAAGCACCCUCCCUGCCUCCCAUCAUCACCCAUUUAUAAGGUUUUGGUGUGUAGUGGGGCGUGUGUCUGCCUGCCUUUUCGAGGCACCUGCUUUUUCUGCAAAAGGUCCCACGUUCAGUCUCCUGCUAAACAAAUCUCCGUCAGAGACAAUAAAAUAGCUAGGUGGCAGUAUAAGGCAGGUUCUUCAGCUCUGUUGCCUUGCUUUUUCAGUGAGUAUCUCCCAUGCUACAAAUAAGGCUAUUCACACACUGUAUAGUUUUUGUUUUUGUUAAAUAAAGGUUCUUCUACAAAAUGAAGAAUUCUAUUUUAUUUACAACAUUUUUAUACCACCCAUAAGCAAAAGGUUUUCUGGGAGGUCUACAGAUUCGCAGCAGAGGCACACAAAAUAUGGCUCGGGACAUUCUUUUUUAAAAAAAACAGCGUCAGAGUAAAAAGCAAAAACCCGCGAAAGAGAACUUCUAUAAGUUCUAAAGGGGGAUCUUUGUCUCCAGUUGUGACCUGACUUCAUACUGGCAAAUAAAGCUAGUAUUACAAAAACGCAGUAGCUGUCAGGUGUGUUGCGGGGAUACGAAACUCUGGAACUUCUCAAUGCUCAAGAGAAGCGGGAAGUACAUAAUAAGAUGUGGCUUUGUUCUGCAUCCAUUAUCAGAGGCGUCGUGCCCCCAAAUGCCAGUUUUGGGGACUCAGAAGUGGAUAGAGGGCUGAUGGCCACUGUGGGAAUAGGAUGCUAGACUAGAUGGGCCUUUGGCCUGAACCAGCAGAACACAGUUCUUACGUUCUUAAUAUAUCCAAUAUCUAAGUUCUCAACACUGAAUUCUUGCUUUGGGGAAUGGGAGAGAUGGGCCCUUGGGGUCACUGUUUGUGAAACAGGAAAGCAAAAUGAUGCCCCUCCAUGGAAAUUAUAUAUAGAAAAUCUACGCAUUUGGCAAUUUGCUGCCCUCUGAUGGUGGAGAGGGGCCUUGCCCUGCCUUGUGGCAAGGCUGGCCCUGAAAGUGAGUCAGAAACUAAAGUGGACCAUAUUCUCGAUCUGUUUGCAGGCAUUACUACUGCUGCCGUUUGCGUCUAUCCAGCAAGAGUCGCUGAUGCAGUGAAAGCACUGAAGGCUGCUGGCUGUGACAUCCCAGUAGCUUCAGGUAAACUUUCCUCCUGUGCUUAUGUGGAUCCUGACUUGACUGCAUACAUUCCCAUUAUGCGGCCCUUGGAGGAUUACGAGGGAUGAAUGUGGCCCCCGGGCCAAAGAAGAUUAGUCACCCCUGGUAUAGGGGCUGCGGCAACAAUGUGUUCCACUGUUUGGGGUUUUUGUUGUUGUGGGGACUGUUGCUGCUUUUGCUUUUUGUGUUUUAAUUUAGAUUUUGUUGUGAAAUUUACGUGGAAAUUGGUCAGUUUGGUUUUGUAUUUUUUAAUAGUUUGUUUAUCGUUUAUGACUACUUUUGUUAUGUUGUAGUUAUGUGGGGUUUUUUAUCUAGUAAGCCACCUUGAACAUGGUUUGAGCUGUGGAAAAGUGGCAUACAAAUAAGAUUAUGUAUGCAUGUGAUGCAGUGCUGAUCAUAGCUGUCAACUUUUCCCUUUUCUUGCGAGGAAUCCUAUUCAGAAUACGGGAAUUUUCCUUUAAAAAAGGGAAACGUUGACAGCUAUGACACUGCUGAUGAAAGUUAAUUUGCUUCUUGCAGCUCUGCUUUCCACCUUCCCUGUUUAUAUUGCAAUUACAUGAGGGCAGAAUGCUUGAAAAUCAUUGAUGUGUGAAUCAGGGAUUGCCAGGUCCCAUCAAACCCAGCCUGCGCAACCCAACAGCAAGGAAUUAUGGGAGUUGUAGUCCAUCAGACCUGAAGGGCACCAUGAUGGCCUCUUCUGUUUUAGAGUCUCAUGUGUGGUGCUAGUUUAACCUCUUACUUCCACACUUCCUCCUUUUGUUGAGGAAAAAGAAAGACUGGAAAUUUGGGAGGGAUUGUGGAUGGUUGGAUUGUGGGAAGUACCUGACUGUGGUGAACAAGUUCUAUAGAUCUGGCAGGCUCAUGCCUGUUGCCCCUCUGCUAUCUCUCUGCUCGCACCAAGACUAAUAACUUGCACUGUGUGUGUUUUUCUCUUAGUGGCAACUGGAUUUCCAGCAGGACAGACGGCUCUGAAAACCCGCUUGGAGGAGAUCCGCCUCGCCGUGGAAGAUGGCGCCAGAGAGAUAGACAUCGUCAUUAACAGAACUUUAGUCCUGACAGGCCAGUGGGAAGGUGAGCAUUAAGGGAGUCCUGACAGAAAAAUGGUUGCAGGAACAUCAGGAGAGCCCUGCUGGGUGCGACCAAAAGGCCUGUCUGGUCCAGCGUCCUGAUCUCACAUUGGCCAACUGGUUGCCCAGGAAAUGUACACAAUAGCACGUGCCCAUGGUGACCCCCAGCAACUGGUAUUUAUUUAGAGGCAUAUGCAGUACUGCCUCUGAUACUGGAGAUAAUAUAGCCAUCAUGACCCGUGGAUAUCCUCCAUGAAUCUGUCUGAUCUCCUUUGAAAGCCAUCCAAAAUGGCAGCCAUCACUACAUCUUAAGGUAGCAAAUGCCACAAUUUAACAAUGCACCAAAUGAAAAACUGCUUCCUUUUGACAGUCCUGAAUCUCCGGUCUUCCAGCUUCCUUGGGUUACCUCAGGCUCUGGAUAUUAUGAGCCAAAAAUUACCCAAUGUUGUUUAACUAUUUGUAUUUCAACUUUUUUAUAGUUGAGCACAACUGAUAAUAAUAAUAACAGUCGUAAUCAUAAUAAUUUUAUUAUUUGUACCAUGCCAGCACUUCGAUUUGAGCCCAGAAGCUAAUCAGCACCGGUCUUUUUCCUGAUUCUUUUCCCUGGCUAUGUGGGGUUUGAACCUGAGAGCCUUUGUUCUCUUUUUGCACAAUUUGCUGCCGCCUGCCUGGUGAUGGCGGGGGAAGCCCGUUACCCCAAUGCAUUUGUCGCUGACAACGAUCAGGCCCGUGUAUCGGCAAGAUUUCCUUUUCUUUUUCACAAAGCUUUCCUUCCGCAAAGGAAUAUUGUGAAAAAUAAAUUUCCCCCCGCUUUUGUCUUAACUUCAUGUGAAAUGGGGGGGGGGGGGAGGAAAGUAACAUGGAUGCCAGCGCUCUAAUUAUUUCCAAACAGAAUUGUUAAAAAGAACUCGAGGGGUUGUUGGCCUAGCGUUACUUUUAAAAAAGGAAAGAAAGAAGAAAAGUGUGUUUGGUUCCUGACAACAAAAUCUCUGUGUUUUCUAAUUGGUGUUCGCAGAAUCUCAGUGCAUCCUCAGUACCGUUUAGAUUGCUGUUGCGAGUUGUCUCCCUGGAAUGCUAUUAAUUAGCAAGCUUUUUAAUACAGUAGGAGAAGGCAUUUCUCUGUAAUUGGUUUUCUCUUAAUGUACCUUGAAUGGUUUGCCUUUAAAUGCUGACAGUGCUCCAGUAACUAAGCUCUGUGUUUGUACAAUUAGCAUCCUUCCAUUACAAUGCAACAUUUCUUUAGCUGGAGGAUGUGGUGCUAAAGGCCUCUUUUACCAAGUAGCUUUGUCGUAGACAAUGUUCUGUUGAACUCACACAGGCUAUUUUUUUUAUUUCCACCCUCCCUUCCUCCGGGGAGCUCAAGGGACGAGUGCACACAGUUAUCUCCCCGACCUGCACCAUUUUAUUGUUGUGGGGUAGGUUAGACUGAGAGGUAGCAGCUCACCUGAGGUCACCCAGUCAGCUUCAAGGCCUGGCAACUCCUAGUCCAAUGCUCUAACUACUAUACCAUGCAGAUUUGACAUUGGCCGUGUGUUGCACAUCAUGAUAAGCUAGGGUUUCUCUUCUGUUAUCUUUGCACAAGUGGUGUGCUGGUGCAAGUGCCCCUAUUGCUCUCACUGUGUGCUCCUCCUCUGGCACAAGUGAGAAAGCCCUGCUGCUGUUAAGCUUGGCUUCAUAUAGUGCCCAAACCCGGGAUCGUGGCCUGUUUCUCCUUAAGAAGCUCACCUUCAAAGGCUUACGCCAAGCUGUGUUUUAAAGCUGGCAAAUGAUCCUGGCUUGUUACCAGGAUCCUGGGCUGCUGAUGUAAUGGGACACCAAGCUUAACUUGUGGUUUCAUAGGUUGUUUGCCCCACUUACGCCCAGCCGAGGAGUGAAGCAGGAGCAGUUUUUUAAAACUCAUUUCAUUUCGAGCAUUUGUAUCCUGUUCUUCAGGGCUCCCAGAGCGUCUUCUUGUUGUUGUUGUUUAGUCGUUUAGUCGUGUCCGACUCUUUGUGACCCCAUGGACCAGAGCACGCCAGGCACUCCUGUCUUCCACUGCCUCCCGCAGUUUGGUCAAACUCAUGCUGGUAGCUUCGAGAACACUGUCCAACCAUCUUGUCCUCUGUCAUCCCCUUCUCCUUGUGCCCUCCAUCUUUCCCAACAGCAGAGUCUUUUCCAGGGAGUCUUCUCUUCUCAUGAGGUGGCCAAAGUAUUGAAGCCUCCGCUUCAGGAUCUGUCCUUCCAGUGAGCACUCAGGGCUGAUUUCCUUCAGAAUGGAGAGGUUUGAUCUUCUUGCAGUCCAUGGGACUCUCAAGAGUCUCCUCCAGCACCAUAAUUCAAAAGCAUCAAUUCUUCGGCGAUCAGCCUUCUUUAUGGUCCAGCUCUCACUUCCAUACAUCACUACUGGGAAAACCAUAGCUUUCACUGUACGGACCUUUGUUGGCAAGGUGAUGUCUCUGCCUUUUAAGAUGCCAAUAUCCUUCUUAAAUGUGCUGCCCAGAAUUCAACUCACUGUUGACUCAUGUGAAGCUUGUGAUCUACGUAGACCCCUAGAUCCUUUUCAUAUGAACUACUGGCAAGCCAGGUGUCCCCCAUCUUGUAUUUGUGCAUCCAGUUCUUCCUGCCUAAGUGCAGAACCUUACAUGUCUCUCUAUUGAAAUUAUUUUUGUUGGUUGUGGCCCAGUUCUCCAAUCUGUUAGGUUAUUUCGGGAGAGGCUGCACUCUUCCAUAUCCAGAGGCUAGAUGUUCAAAGCUUGGAUCCUAAGAUGUGGUGGUAAAAGUGUCGGGCUAGGACCUUGGAUGCCAGAGUUCAAAUCCCCACUCAGCCACAACGUUUACGGGAUGACCUGGGGCCAGUCACCAUCUCUCAGCAGACCUACUGCACAGGAGUAGGGUAAAAAGGAGGGAGGGGGGUCGAACCAUGUACGCCAUCUUGAGCUCCUUGGAGAACAGGCGAGAUAGAUUUGCAAUAAUAAAGAAUUAUCACCACUGGGUGACCUUGAGCUACUUCCUGCCUCUCACCUAACCUACUGUGGAGAUUAAAUGAGGAGGGGAAGAAUCACAAACACCACCUUGAGCUCCUUGAGGAAAACACAGGCCAGGCAUAGGCAAACUCGGCCCUCCAGAUGUUUUGAGACUACACUUCCCAUCAUCCCUGACCACUGGUCCUGUUAGCUAGGGAUGAUGGGAGUUGUAGUCCCAAAGCAUCUGGAGGGCCGAGUUUGCCUAUGCCUGACGUAGGGUGCAGACACAAUAAAUAAAUAAACAGGAAAUUCAGAAGAGGAAAACUUCCCGUCCCCUGCUCCCCUGAUAACACAUCCUACAUCGUUCAAGCCACUCUACAGAAGCGAUGGUGGCUGCUCCUUAAGCUAACAUUUUAGGACUGAAGCCCAUGUUCAGAGCUACAUCACGUUCUUUGUCCCUUGGUCGUGGUAUAUUAGUGGGGAUGGGGGGAAGUAAAUGCAAGAGAGAAAAAUUGUGUGUGUUUUUAACAUUUUCUUUACACUAAUGGGCAAUUGUUAGGGGAAAGGCAUCUAUCAGAAAGAAGUUCAGUAACUCCAGUGCAAGGACUCAGCUCCUAAACUCAAAGAGCGAGCCGACACAAAGCAGUUGCUUUUAUAUUCCAAUCCAUUAGAGAGCACUUAAAAUAAUUGUUAAAAGACCAGGCUUAGACAAAUUAUAGUUCAAGUGGCGCGAAGAUACUCAACAAUAGGUAACAGCAGAUUUAACUUAAGGCUUGGCGUAAUUGGACGUACACUAAAGUACUUAACAUUUUCAGCAAUUUUUGAAAUGUAUUAAGAACGUGGAGACUUGUUCCAAACGGCCACCAGCCAUCCAUGAAGCACGACCCUCAACUUUGCCAUGGGCUUUUUAAAAAGCUCUAAAAAGGGGGAAAGGAAAGAAAGGAGAGACUGAGGGUGCUGCUGCUGGGGAGAAUCAAGGACGUUUUUCACCCACAUUACGAAUUUUACGAAUACAGAGUGCGUCAUAGAAUUUCAAAGCAAGUGUGCUGUUUAAUAGCAGGAGCAAGAGGCAAUUAACACACUCACAGCAUUGGGGGGGGGAUGGGUAUUUACAAAUUGCUAGCCAGCCAAUAAAUAAACAGGGGCUAGUCUCGCUAGGGGUUGGCAGAAGAGGGAAUCCAGCUACUUGCUGCCCUUCUUUGUUAAGAACACAAGAAGAGCCUGUUGUUAUUGUUGUUAUUGUUGUUAUUGGUUUUUAUUGAUUUAUUGGUUGGUUUGUUGCUCGUAUAGCUUAGUUGUGUUUUUAUAUAAGUUGUAAGCCACCCAAAGUGACUGGGGAAACCCAGCAAGAUGGUCAGGCUAUAAAUUUAAAAUUAUUAUUAUUAUUAUUAUUAUUAUUAACCAAAAAAAAUUCCUUUCUGCUAGGUCUCUACGAAGAAAUACGUCAGUGUCGUCAGGCCUGUGGAGAAGCUCAUAUGAAAACUAUUUUGGGGACAGGAGAGCUGGGAUCGCUUACUAAUGUCUACAAAGCAAGUCUUGUAGCCAUGAUGGCAGGUAACUUCCAUUAUUUAUUAUUAUUAUUAUUUAAUAAAUACAAUUGCUAGUUGCUUUUUAUCCCCCAUCCUGCAUCACCUGCACUUUCCUCGGGACUGCGAUCUUGCUCAGGUCAUUUGACUCACACAGUUUUUGGCCUGGACAUGUUGGAGGGUAAAGGUAAAGGGACCCCUGACCAUUAGGUCCAGUCGUGGCCGACUCCGGGGUUGCGGUGCUCAUCUUGCUUUAUUGGCCGAGGGAGCUGGCGUACAGCUUCCGGGUCAUGUAGCCAGCAUGACUAAGCCGCUUCUGGCGAACCAGAGCAGCACACGGAAACACCGUUUACCUUUGCGCCAGAGUGGUACCUAUUUAUCUACGUGCACUUUGACGUGCUUUCGAACUUCUAGGUUGGCAGGAGCAGGGACCGAGGAACGGGAGCUCACCCCAUCGUGGGGAUUCGAACUGCCAACCUUCUGAUCGGCAAGUCCUAGGCUCUGUGGUUUAACCCACAGUGCCACCCGCGUCCCAUGUUGGAGGGUAUGAUAUAAUAAAUGGCUGUUAUGACCGACUGUUUUGGGGCAACAAGGCCCACUGCAGCCCAGAUUGUGGGAGGCCUUGUGUGGAGCAGAGUGCGCCAAGGCAAGAUGAAAGAGAGGCCAUAUGAAGAGCAGUCAGAUCUACUAUAGCAGGACUAGGGGACACUGCAGGAAUACUUGAACCAAAAAGCUUGAACAUCCAUGAUACCAGGUACCAUGGCCCAGUUCCCAGGCAGACCCGAUGACGUACCUCUCCACCCUCCCCUUUGACUCCUAAAAUAAAGGGUGGUAUUCAGCUUAGCUUUACUCAGAGUAGACGUAUUAAAAUUUAUGAGCCUAACUUCAUCAUGUUCAUUAAUUUCAGUGGGUUUACUUUGAAUAACUCUUGGUUAAACACUACCCAUAGAUAUUCAGGACCCACCCUAUUCUUCCAGUUCCUAAUUUUUGAAACUAGUUUUAAUGUAUUUUUAUAUUGUUAUAACCCUCACUCGGACCUUACGGUGAAGGGUAGGGAACAAAUUCAGAAAAUAACCGUUAAGUGGGCAGUUAGCCCUGCAGAAUUAGCAGCCUUUCCUACAGAACUUCUAGAGUGGGGCUGCUGGUUAAUUUAACACUGCGGGGUUCUCAAAAUCUUUGUUUUGAUUCUUCCUUAAAUAAAAAUAGGUUCUGAAGUUCACCUCUCCUUUCCACCCUGUGUUUUUUGAAAUGCAGUUUCACUGCAGUACAGCAGAUGGCUCUGCUGUUAACACUAUCCCCCCUCCCUCCUCGGCCCGCAUUCUUAUAACAGCACCGUGGCAGCUUCCCAUUUUUAAAUAUACACAAUAGCUUUCAUCAAUCUGCGGCUUUGUUAGCGGCUAAGCGUGUUUUUGUUUCCGUUUGAAUCGAGUGCAGCGGCCAAACGCAUCAGACCACACUGUGAAAGCGGAGCAUUUCCUUCUCCUCAGAAAUUCUGAGAAACGAGCCCUUGGUUGGAAGCCAGUAUGGCGUAAUGGUUAGAGUGUUGGAAUAGGACCCAGGAGACCAGGGUUCGAAUCCCCACUCAGCCAUGAAGCUCGCUGGGUGACCUUGGACCUGUCAUCAUCUCUUAGCAUUAACCUACCUCAUGGGCUUGUUGGGAGGAUUGGAAUGGAAUGGGGAGGGAGAGAACCACCACCACGAGGUCCUUGGAAGAUAAAAGUAGCGUAUAAAUGCAGUAAAUAAUAAUAAUAAGCCAGCACUAAUGGAAGGACAUUAAAAAGAGGCUGGUUGCUGAACCAAAACCUUGGACAAGGAAAGCCUCUGGUGGAGUUAAAGUCCAUCAGGGAUCAGCAAACUUUUUCAGCAGGGGGCCGGUCCACUGUCCCUCAGACCUUGUGGGAGGCCGGACUAUAUUUUUUUUUUUGGGGGGGGGGGAAUGAAUGAAUUCCUAUGCCCCACAAAUAACCCAGAGAUGCAUUUUAUAUAAAAGCACACAUUCUACUCAUGAAAAACACCAAGCAGGCCCCACAAAUAACCCAGAGAUUCAUUUUAAAUAAAAAGACGCAUUCUACUCGUGUAAAAACAUGCUGAUUCCUGGACCGUCCACAGGCCAGAUUUAGAAGGCGAUUGGGCUGGAUCCGGCCCCCGGGCCUUAGUUUGCUUACCCAUGCAAUAGAUCAUGCGCUGUGAGAAGAAUAACUACUUAUUUCUUUUCUGGCUACAUCUGCACCAUAAAUUUAAAGCCCUGUUAAACCGCCUCAUGGCUUCUCUCAAAGCAUUCUGGGAACUGUAUUUUUUAAGGGUCCUGAGAGGUGCCAGGAGACCUUUAUUUCUCUCAGAGGGGUAGCAUUCCCAGAGUGGUUUAAUGAUCAAGCCCUCUUCCUGGGAAUCAUAGAGUUGGAAGGGACCCCAAGAGUCAUCGAGUCCAGCCCUCUGCAGUGCAGGAAUUUUUUACAUGGGGCUCGAACCCACGACCCUUAGGUUAAUAAUCUCAUGCUCUGCUGACUGAGUUGCCCCAGGAACUCUGAGAGUUGUAGCUCUGCGUGUGGAAUAGGUAACAACUCUCAGCUCCGUUGACAAAUUUCGGUUCCCAGGAUGCUUUGGGGGGAAGCCUUAACUGUUUAAAGUGGUAUAAUAGUGCUUUAGAUGUGUGGUACAGAUUUUCCCUCUGUCCUGAACCACUCUAUUCAGCUUCAUUGGAAGUCCUCAGGUUCUAGUAGCACAAGAGAGGAUGAAAACCUCUCCCAAUCCACUUUAAUCAAUUCCAUGCCUCAUUUUUAUACAGCCUUGAAUAAGGCCUACAGUCCCAUGCCAGGCUUCCCAAGUAAGUGAGGUUGGGCUGGGAAGGCUGUUUCGCUGUGGAUUGCUGUGCAAUUUCCAGGAAGGAGGUCUGUUGUUGUUGUUAACAUUUGUAUGCCACUCUAUGCCCGCAGGUCUCAGGGCAGUUACAAGACGAAACAACAGUAUAAAAAUACAAAAUACAUAGCCAAAAUAAAAACAACCCAAUAACCCCUCCCCAGCCCCCCAAAAAAUUCCCCACAUUUUAAAAGGGCAUUAAAAGGAUGGUGCUUUGGCAGCAGCUGCUACUGAGGUCCAACUCUCUUUAGAAGGAAAACUCCCGCAUCUCUGUAUUUAGACACUGGAGCUGAAUUUAAAGCACAGUUAUAUAAAACACUUGAAACCCAUUCAGAAAACAAGCGGACAAUGUUUGUGGUGAAUAGGGAAACCAGCAAGACGGGCGGGGGGAGAGGAAGGUCCAAAACCCUUGAAAAGGUGCAAUGAAAACCAAAGUCAGAUAUCACGCAGCCUGCUUUGUAAAGGGAGGAAAAGACUUGCAGAGUUGGUACCUCUGUGUGUGUUUUUUUAUUAUUUAUAGAUGCAGCUUUUGAUACAGUAUCUGAGCUUUCAGAGCUUCUCUUGUAUUGAAAAUUGGUUGGGUCAGUGCAUGAAUUGCGGGCUGCUCAGUCCAAUGGAAGAGGUCUUGGCUUGUCUCCCCUCCAGAGGUAGUUUUGGGUUCUCUUCCUUUCUUGGGUUCCUGAGCCACCCACCUCGCUGCUGCUGCGGCUGCGCUUGUGUCUGUUUUAAUUUGCUGGUGAAUAAUUUAAAGGGGCCUGUUUAUUUUUUAAUAAAAGGGAAAGAUAUAAAUUGUCUUGAGUGUGGGUAAUGUUACUUACAGCUGCCACCAAACAGAUGCUUGGCGUUUCCAAAUGGAUAUUUUAGUCCGCAAUCAGUUGCAGGAGAAAAGAACAAACUUACCCCCCUUUUGAAAAAAAAUUAUCACUCCCACCCAUUCUUUUAAACUUUAUUUUCUGACAAGAUUCCCGCCCGCUCCCUAUCUCCAGAGAGAUAUAUAAGAGUUGUAUUUGAUAUAAAUAUUUAAUUCCCUUGUGCUAAUUUCUUUCUUUUUUUUUUUUGAGUGGGCUUUUUUAUUCUUUUGAGGGACAGGGGUUGCAUGUUAAUGCUUAUGAUGGACUAUUUUAAUAUAAAGCUAUUUAAAUAAGUUUCAUUUGUCCUCCGGAGCCCAAACUCUCCCGGACGAAGUCAGCUGGAUGUUAGGAGGCGGGAAAAGGUACAAAUGAGAGCUGUGUUUUGAAGUCGCAAAAGACUUGAUCUGGGCCACUCGUUGAUCAAACGGCUCCUGCCUUUCAAAGAACAAGGGCAAGAAGAAGCAGAAGCAGGUGAUGCACAAGAGCCAAGGAUCUCCCAGGGCACUUCAAAUGUCUUGAGAAAGGCAGGGUGUGGAUUCUCUGAAGUGCUCGAGCGAAUGCUGUUUCUUCAGUUCCCUCAUGCUACAAAGCUGCUGGCAGGGGUGGGCAGGUUUGAAGAGAGUUGCUUUUUAAAUACUUUGAGAACUUGGGACCCAAGUUUCCUCAAGAAACGUCAGCUACCCAGCGGAACACUAUGGUCAUCUUCGGUGACCUGGACGCCCUUGCCGCCAUCUUGCUUGCCGGAUUUCUUUGCUGACCAUUGACGUGGAAUGGAAAACCCAUUAUCGGCAUCACGUAUGCAAAAGGGCAGCCUGACCAUAUAAAACCAGUAAGAACCAGUUUAGGAGGAAUCGAACGCUGACUGUUAGAGUGAAGAACAACUCCAGAUAAGGCACGAGGAGGUGUCUGCAUGUUCAGUGAAAGAAAAUGGGCUGAGUGUACGUUUUCAAGGACUGCGGUUGGAUGAAGACAUAGUGAGGACGAACAGCCGAUGUGACGUUUAUUUUUCCUGUGUCGCGAUUGAAAGUUCUCUUGGGCUCUUUGGACUCUGUCCUGCAAUGCAUUGCUGAAUAAAGCCUGGCCUUCUGGGAACUUGGCGUGAGCCUCCGUACUCGAAAGCCCAAGGGGAAUUUUCCCCAUGCCUUCCCUGCCAAAGGAGCCCAGGCUCACAAACAGCAAAGCAGCCAAACGGUGCCCUUUAAAAAAUAAAAAAGACAUAAAGAAGCCACCUUCGAAACAUCUAUGAACAUUUAAAACUUUGAUAAUAAGAUUGAUAAGUUAGGCAAGCAAAUGGUGAUUGAAGAGAACAUAGGAACUUGCCUUGUCAGUUCCAGGUCCAUGUAGCUGAAUAGUGUAUACACUUGGCCGAAAACAGCUGUCCAGGGUUUCAGGCAGGAGUCUCUCCUCAGCCCUCCCUGGAGAUGCUGUGGGGUUGAAUUUGGGACCAAACCAGAUGCUCUUCUACUGAGCUGCAUCCCUUUCCCCCAAAGACAGAGCCUUCUUGGUCAUGGCCCCCUGCCUGCGAAAUGCCCUCUGAAGUCAUUUUGGCACCUGGUGAAGAAGCUUUCCAGGCCCUCUGUCAUCUAGUAUAGAAUUAUGCUUACGAUUCACCCAUUAGUCUCAGUACUGUGUCAUCCAGGGGUAAGAGACUUGCGACCUGCCUGUCAUUGCUGGGGCUCCAGCCAUAUCUGGAGUGCUCCUGGUUCCCCAUCUCUGAUCUCAAACAAGCUGGCUGUGAAGUUCUGUUUUUCACACUGAAUUGUUGGGUUGUGUCUUCUCCGCUGCCGUUUUCCCGAUUUUGAUUUAUUGUUUGUUUGUCCAUAUUUGUUGGGUUUUUAUGUUUCUUUGUUUUUAUUGCCUUGUAGUAAACCACCCUGGGAGUUGUCUGUUGUUUUAGCGAAGGGCUGGCAUAACAUUAUUUUAAAUAAACUUGCAGCCAGGAAUGCUAAAUGCAGCCUCCCUCCUGUGUUUACAGCGAUCACUCAGCAGUGCUCUGAUUUUGUGUGUGGCGAUUGUGCUUCAGCAGAACUGCAUAUGGUGGUUUCCUGUAUAUGCAACACAGACACAGAAGGAGGAAACGGUAGAUGUUCUAGUGCAGAGUGUCUAGGACUGACUGGAUGAGGAAGAGUGGUGGGAGCCGCCUGCCCAAAAGCCCCCCAAGGAGGGCACAGAAGAAGAAGACUUUAGGUCCUGGAUCCUGGUGGUGGGAAAGGGCAGUCUGCAGAAGGAAGGAGCUGGGAGGUGCUGGAAGCAGGGGGUUUGAGCGAUCAAGGGGGGUCAGGAGAAGGAGGACCAUACAGGACAGGGUCAGAGGCUGAGAGUCACAGUGCGAGCGCAGACUCAGAUAGAGAGAAGUCAGAUUGCCCUAGCUACGCAGCAGCAGCAGCAGCAGCAGCAGAACAGUCCCAGUCCUGCUGGCUCACCUCCCACUCUGACACCUCAAUUGAGGAGAGUCCUGCACAUUGUGGAGCAAUAUGCCAGACAGGCCCAGAGGAGGAGCUCACCCGCUCGAUGCAGCCUUCGUCUGCUUGGGAGGAAUCCAGAGUGAUAAGCUAGAAGGGGAGGGUGGAGCUAGUAGUCAGUUUCAGCAGCAUAAAAAAGGUAAAGGGAUGCAGGUGGCGCUGUGGUCUAAACCACUGAGCCUCUUAGGCUUGCCGAUCAGAAGGUUGGAAGUUUGAAUCCCCACGACGGGGUGAGCUCCCGUUGCUCUGUCCCAGCCAACCUAGCAGUUUGAAAGCACGCCAGUGCAAGUAAAUAAAUAGGUACCACUGUGGCGGGAAGGUAAACGGCGUUUCCAUGCGCUCUGGUUUCCGUCACAGUGUUCCGUUGCGCCAGAAGCGGUUUAGUCCUGCUGGCCACAGGACCCGGAAAGCUGUCUGUGGACAAACGCCAGCUCCCUUGGCCUGGAAGCGAGAUGAGCGCUGCAACCCCAUAGUCGCCUUUGACUGGACUUAACCAUCCAGGGGUCCUUUAAUUUUACCUUGUCAGUGGCAUCUUAGCUGGAGUAUGGCGAACCAGAGUGUUGUUAUUUUCUGUUGAUAAAGACCUAAUUGCAUUAGAUAUCCUUAAGAACCACUGAAAUUCCUUACAGAUAUAUUCUGUAUAGAAUAUUCUAUAUUCCUUAUAGAUAUGGGGGUAGAUACUGAAAUGUGCAUGGACACAGUCUCCCUGCCUCUCCCACCCACCUUUCCAUGCCCCCCCCUCAUUAUGGAAAGACAGCCUGUACGCUCUUUGGGGCAGGCACUUGUCCCACGAUAUCCGAUUCUGUAGAACGCCAUGUAUGCUCAUGGCGCUGUGGAAAUGGAUAGCUAACAAGGACAAACAUUUGCUUUUGUAAGUUUCAUCAGUUAUAUCCCUUGCAAAUAAUUUUUUUAAUGUCUUUGGUGCAGACUUUGUGUGUGGGGGAGGGCGGGCUGACACAGUCGAGGCAUUUAUACUUAAAGCCUAAAGGUUUCAAAGCAAAGAUAACUUCUUCCUUCCUUCAAGGCAUGAACUUUUAUUGCAAUUCGAGUGCUUUUAUCAGAAACCAUUGAAAAAUACACUCAAGUUGACAUUGAAGUGUGGUGAUCUUGGUUGCGUGUGUGUGUGUUUUUUUAAAAAAUAUAUCUGCCUUUUUUUAAAAAAAAGUUAUGUUUAAAAUUCAUAGCACUUUCAGAGCCUGAUAAAGGAGCCUAAUUUCCUGGCUUGCUUUGUUCAGUGUAAUAUAUUUUUUCUAAAUCCAUUUCAAGCAGCUCAUUUUUCCAUUUCAGCAACUUUCCUCCAAGUUUGGUAGACAAUAGGCUUUUAUUAAUAAAAUUAGUUAACAACUUACUGCUGACACUGGAAAGCAUCAAAGUUAAAUCGAGUUGCUGGAAAUGUUCCGUAGCUCCGUGCAAUAUGAGUUGAAGGGAAUGGUCUGGGAACAUCCAGCAUUGUUGCUUUGUUGAAGCUGAGCUGGUAUGGACUCGAUUGGGAGAGAUUGCCAGAGAGCCCCAUAUAAGUUCCUCAGAGCUUUUCAAGGAAGGCUAGGUUACGAGCAAAUGAAUAAAUUUGGAAGAUGGGCUUAAAAAUAAAAAGUUGUUCAAUGCAGUGUAUCAUAUACAUCAAAUCUCAGAAACAUAACAAGCUGCUUUGUCAGAUCACUGAUCCAUCUAGUUUAGCAUUGUCGGCACCUGCGCUGAUUAGGAGUGGCUCUCCAGGAUUUUCAGCCAGGACAUUCCUGGUCCCACCUGGAAAUGCCAGGGAUUGAACCGAGAACCUUUUGGGUUCAAAGCAGAUGCACUGUCAAUGAGCUACAGCCCUUUCCACUACUGCCCCUGCCAUGGUGGGUAGUCAGUCUUGGCCCUAUCAUGAGGUUAAGUGAGGUGUCCAUCUUAGGGUAAGACCGUACAAGUACCCUGGCUAUAAGUCAGGAAGAUUUCAGGCACCGCAUGGCAGGACAGAGUCUCAAACAAAGAUGUGUUCUCCCAAAGCGCAUGUUCCCAGCAUGAUCGCAGUGCUGUCUCAGCGACGUCUACGCUGGCUUCGUCAUGUCCACAGAAUGGAUGAGGGCAGGAUCCCCAAGGAUGUGCUCUGUGGAGAGCUGGCUUUAGGCACCAGGCCCAAUGGCAGACCAAUUCUGUGUAAUAAAGAUGUCUUCAGAUGUGAUAUGAAGACUGGCGACAGUAACUCCGCCAUGUGGGAAUCCCUUGCAGAUGACCUCAGACUGCCUGGAGACAGAUGGUUAAGGUUGUGUAUCCACAGCAGUGACCAGAGGAGGAAUGACAGCUGGGAGGAGCACGGAGAGAAGAAAUGGCCUGGUGCAUCUGCAGAAGCACAACCUUCAUCUGCCCCAGCUGCAACAAAACAUGUCUCUCCCGCAUCUGUCUCUACAACCACAGCAGGCGUUGAAACUCUCCAACUGUAUGACUUCACCCCUGAUGCCACACUCUUCCAUUGUCUCUUGAGACAGACGGAUGCCAACAAAUGAAAAUGUCUCUUCCCCCAGGCCUCUGAAGUGUAAGAUUCCCGCCUGCUGAUACUGCUGUUGUGUUAUUCUGUUUCGCUAUGGGUGUUUUGUGUCAUUUUAUUAAUAUUUUGAGUCAAGUUUCUUGUUCUGUUGUUGCAUAUACUAUAUUUUAGUUAGCUGCCCUGAACUCCCUUUAGGAGAAUGUGUGGGGUGUGUGUUUGUGUGUGUGUGCGCGCGUGUGUGCGUGUACGUGUUUAUGCAUCCUCCCACCGGAUCUAUUUAAUGAAAAGGAGGGAGGAAAAUGCAUUAACUCAAUAGGAUUAACACCUUAUAGCAAAUGCUUACCACUGGAUCCCUCCUUGGUUCCUUGGGUCUUAAGGCCUCAUAUCUUUGGCCUUUUGGGAAUACGAGGCAGAUAGCAAAGUGACUAAUGUUUUUUUUUUAAAAAAAUGAUCCGAAUUAAAAUAGUCAAUGCCAGUUCUGUGCAAGUUCAGGAGUACCAUGUACCUGGACUCAUGAGGGUGUGUCUAUGCAUGGGGGGGGGAGUGUUUCCUGUUCCAGGUCAGCCAACAAACAUAUCAGACCGGUCUUGGUUGGGUUGAAGCAGCAUUGAGGAAUCUCCAGCUUGCAUACCUCAGGACCAUGCCAGACUACCCCAUUGGACCCAAGAGGCCAUUUCAGCCAAGCCAGGGCAGCCUGCCCCUACACUUGGCAUCAUAUAUGAUCUCAGAUAUGGGGCAGUUUAAAAUGCAGUUGGGCUGAAAGGGUGGGGGUUUGCAGGCCCUGCUGGUCAGCGGAGCCUGCAAAGCCCCGUGCGAAGUACUGUGCAAGGGGCUUUGAAACCACAAGCAGCCUUAAGAACCUAAGAAGGAUCCUGAUGGAUUCAUUUAGUCCAGCAUCCCCACAGUGGCCAACCAGAUGCCUGCGGAAAGUCUGCAAGCAGGACGUGAACACAGCAGCCCUUGUGCCCUCUGCAGGCUUUCUUGCGAGACUUGAUUCACAUAGGUUGGGGGAUAUAAGAUCCCCAGCUGGAUCCUCACCCCUUACACUUACGGGUGGAGGGAGGAGUGUGUUGCUUUUGGUUAACACUCCAUCGCGGGGCCAUCCAAUUUGGACUUUCAUUAGUGCGGUUGAAAGGAUUGCAGUGAAAACUGUGAUACAAAAGAUUAUGCAUCAGCCAGAUUGCUCUGCAUUGUUUUAAAUUGCAGACUGUGUCCUUAUUCUUUAUUAAGAGUAAAGUAACUUUAAGCAGUCUGAGGUUAUCAGGAGAUAAUCACGUCCCCAGGGUCUUUAUGGCACUUUGAAACGUAAAGAUUGUGAUUACUCUGUGAUUGCUAUGCUGCUUAUUAUUCUUUACUGCUUAAUAAUGGGACCAUAAUAUUGUUUUUGGAUAUAGCUAGCUGAAAACCACUCUACCAGUUUUAAUCAUGUAAAUGGUUAACGUUUUUACAAAUGCAAAAGGGGUUUGGGGGCCAUUGUUUGAACUGAGUGGAAUAGUGGUGAGUUCACAUUGUAGUCUUCCUUCUCUUUCUAGACGUAGGCCAGGAAGGAUUUAAAAGAAACCACAAAAACACGUGGCCCAAAAUGACUUUUCCAAAAGGUUGUGUGCAUUUUCCUUCUGCUUGCUCCCCAAUUUCUCUUAUAGCAAACCCACCCUGGGGGGAUUUAUAUUUUCUCACCCAAGGUGGUAGGAUUCAUCAGCUGGAACUUUAAAUACUUAAAGUCUUCCCAAACUGCAUCCUUAAACUGCGUUCCUGACAUUCUUUGGCCUGGUCUGCUUCUCCUUCAUUUCUUGCUACAAUUUGUGCAGCCAGAUGUUGACCCAGUAUGUGUGGCAGCUGUGAAAAAGAUAAAAGUCUAUGCUUGGGAUCACUACGAAAGGAAAACUGCUGAUAACCGUAAUGGCAUUAUACAAAUGCAACCAUGUUUGGAAUACUGUGUGCCGUUCCGGUUGCGCCGCCUCAGAAAUGAUAUCGUAGUGUUGGGAAAGGUUCAGAAACGUGCAACCAAAAUGUUCAGGACAGAGUGACUCAACGAUGGGAUCUUCUCCAGGAGGUAGUGAUGGCCACCAACUUGGAUGUCUUCAAAAGAGGAUUAGUAAUGGCUGCUAACCCUGAUGACUAUGUUCUCCACCAGCUGUUGGAGGCAACAUGCCGCUGAAUACCAUUUGCUGGGAAUCGCAGAUAGACAGAGUGGAACAUUGAAAAUUGCCUGAUGCUGAGCCAAACCCAUUGGUCCAUCUAGCUCUACAGUGGCUCUCCUGAUUGAAGUGCAGUGUGUUUCAGGACCGGGACAUUCAUAGGGAAACCAAAACGCUUCUUUACAAAGCUAUUGUACUACCAACCUUACUGUAUGCUUGAGAAACAUGGACAACUGGGAAACACUGGCCUGCAAGCGCUCCAGUUGGAGAACAGCCUUUCCCUAAGGUGUCAUGGGCUUUGAAGACUUUCAAACUCAGGACAAGAGGGAGAAAUGCGCUAAGAGGAAGGCACAUUUGGCAAACCCUCACCGUGAUCAACUCCUGCCCGGAAACUUAUGUUCCCACUGUGGAAGGACGUGUGGAUCCAGAAUUGGCCUCCACAGUCACCUAUGGACUCACUUUUAAAGCCAUGUUUAUGGAAGAUAGUCUUACUUGGCUAUGAGUGAUUGCCAAAGAAGAAGAAGAUGACAGUGGCCAGCAGAGGCUGUCUGGGAUUUCACGCAAGGUUCUCCACUAGCCCUACCUGGAGAUGCCAGGCAUUCAACUUGGGACCUUCUGCAUGCAAGGGAGAAGGUGCUGUAUCACAGAAGAACAGUCCUUCCAUACUGCCAUGGAAUCAGAUUCUCAACCUUUUCUCUUUUCCUAAACUUUGCCCUUUAUAUUACCACUCUUAAAAAAAAGAAAAGGCACUGACAGCUGAACAAUAUGACCAGAAAUACGUUAUUUAUAAAGCUAGUGUGAAUUAUGUUUAAUGGCCUCCAUUUUAAAGCAAGCCAUUUGCUUCUCUCCCUCCUUCCCCCCUCCGCCUUUUUCCAAAGUCUCUGUUUUCAUUAGUGGAAUAUAAAAUGUUAAUAAUACCUUUAUACUGUAGUGCUCAGGAGCAACAUUUAUCUUCCAUGUUCUUUAUGGAAUCCUGCUAGCAAGCUCUCACUCGUAUCAUAAUAGAAUUUGUUCCACGAAAUAAAAAAAUGUAUUGUUUUCUUUGUUAGAAGAUGCUGCUAAAUUGGCUGUAUGUUUGAUAAUCACAUCUCAAGCUGAUUAUUCUGCUAAUAGCCUUAAGAUAUUAUUAUUUUUUAAAAAAAUAAAAAAUAAGUGCAUCACUAUAGUCCUAAUACUGGUAUUUUUUUUGUGUGAAAAAAAAUCCCUUCUUGUUUCUGCAAAGUCUGAAUGAGAUUUUCAGAAUUGAAUAAUAAUUUGAUCCGUUAAUCUUUUGAAGCUAGUAAUUUUAUUUUCCCUUCUUUGCAGUCUCCAAGGCUCGCAAAUGAAUAGAGCUUCAUUACUGGAGCCUCCGUUUAAUAACCAUUAUCCAUUAUCUUGUAAUUAAGACUCCCUGUAACGAAUCAUGAGGACAAUGCAAAAAUACAUAGUACAUUUCUUUAAUGAACUGGAAAAUGUUCAUCUUGUUCUAUUUAGUAAUGAGUUGCUGAAUAGUCGUUAAAUCCACUGGAGAAUGGAGCGAGAUGGAUUUUGAAGACUAUCUUUGAGUUUGUGGUUAAUCUAUUAGAAUUAAAAUUUCAUCUUCUAUUUUUAUCAACAGCCGAUUAGAAGGCCUUCUGUUUGACCAAAUUGAUUAGGGGACCCUAUACAAGGGCAGAUGUUGUUUAAUGAAAGUUUUUAAUGAAACUGUACCAUAGAGGUUUCUAAUUACCAGACUUAUAAAAGCUUUGACUUACCUUACCCUGCAAAGAGGAGGAGGGAUGUUGGUGGUGGUGGAAGUAUUGUGCUAAAGGGCUUAAAUGCCACAAUUAAAUGAAAUACAGGGAAAAGUAGGAGUUGGUGCGAGGAAGUUUGGCUUACUUGUCUGACGAAGAGGUCAUCAACUAAAGAGAGAGCUCAGUGAGAGGCAGUAGUUUGGUGGUAGAUGGCACCCAACUGAAGGCUGUUAGUUUGACCUUCCCUUCAUUCAGUUCCAGCCAGUAUGGCCAAUGGCCAGGAUGAUGGUAGCCCAAAACAUCUGGAGGGCAUCUGCUUGGGGAUUGCUUCUUUUUACAUGUAGAAGCUGUCCUUCGCCACUGAGCCAGAGUCUCAUGUGGACCUUUGGAAUAGGUUGUCCUAGUAAUAAGGCAGCUUCCUAUGUUCUUCUCUUGAAAUUCAUUUCUGACACUGUAUGCUAGCCAAGAAGGAAAUACUGGAAAAAAUUGCAGGAACCCAAAGGUUUUCAGAAUUAAAAAUUUUAAAAAGUGUUUAGGAUAAUAUACUGAAAUUGGGAUCGGGAAUCCAAAAACAGCCCUGAAGGAUUGCCAAGGGCCGGGUGGAAUGGAGUAUCCUGAAAAAGGUGUGGCUGGCUGGCUGGGAUUCUGAACAGGAGCACUCCACAGUGUAAAAUUUAAGUAUGUAAGACAAGUCUGCUGGAUGAGACCAAUGGCCUAUCUAGUCCAGCAUCCUCUUCUCACAUUGGCCAACUAGAUGCCUGUCGGAAACCCACAAAAGGGAACAUUCCAAUUCCUACUUCUUUCUUUUCCUAGUUUGUUAAGGUGUUAAAUUCAUAUGACAAAUCUAAAGCUUAUUGUACACAGACUUCUCGCUUUCUGAACACAGGAGAUCGUUUGUUAGGUCAGCGUUUGCACAAAGAGCCCUCAAUUUCCACCAUUUCCUAUGGGGGCAUUUCUAAUCUGUGGUCUCCCUCCAUGGUUUCAUCUGAAAAAUGGCUGCAGCCAACCAGCAAAAGAGAGAAAAUUGAUUUGUCCAAUCUCUCCUGCUCACUGAUUUGUCUGAUCUCUCUCCCUGUUCCCUCUCUCUGUGGUUCCUGCCCGAAAAUGUCGGCUGUCAACCAGCUAACAAGUAAGGAAGUAGGCAAACUCCGGCUGUUCAGAUAUCUGAAUCAUCUGUGUGCCCAGCGAGGUUUGGGCGUAAUUCUUUAUGUUUGGAUAACUGAAUUUUCAGCUAAGGAGCAUUCUGAUAGCGGGAUCUGCCACAUACUAAGAACCAGAAUGAUAAUUUUGCUGACACAUCUGUUUAUUACUUUUUCCUUUUUUAUUCUCACCCUUGCAGGUUCUGAUUUUAUCAAGACUUCCACAGGAAAAGAAACCGUUAAUGCUACCUUUCCCGUUGGGCUAGUCAUGGUGAGAGCUAUUAGAGACUUCUUCUGGAAAACUGGCUAUAAGGUAACUUCAUACCAUCUCCAUCUUUUCAUUGUAGACUGUGUUCUCGAAAGCAAUGUUGGUGUGAUGCGCAGGCUUUGGACCAUGGGUGGGGAAUUAUUGUAAUUAUUAUAAUUAAUUAUUAUAAUUAUUAUUGUUGCCACCCAUCUGACUGGGUUGCCCAAGCCACUCUGGGUGGCUUCCAACAAUAAGCACAGCAAAACAUCAAACAUUAAAAGCUUUCCUGUGGCCCUCCAGACUUCGUUGGACUCCAAGUCCCAUGAGCCCAAACCAGCAUGGCUAGCAGUCGGGAAUUAUGAGAGUUGUGAUCUAGCAACAUUCAGAAGGCUACAGGUUCCUCUAUCCGUGCUUUAGGGUCUCUGAACUGCCAGACUUAUGUAUUAACUACAUUUUUAUCCUGCCGCUCCACCAAGGUGCUAUGGGUGGCAUAAACUGUUUCUCCCCCCCAUUGUUUUCCUCAUGACAACCCUGUAAGCAAGGUUAGACUGAAAGAUGGUGACUAGACCCAGGUCACCCAAGUGAGCUUCCUGGCAGAGUGGGGAAUUUGAACUGGUGUCUCCUCACCAGUGUGGUGUAGUGGUUAAGAGCGGUGGACUCGUAAUCUGAUGAACCAGGUUCACUUCCCCGCUCCUCCACAUGCAGCUGCUAGGUGACCUUGGGCUAGUCACACUUCUCUGAAGUCUCUCAGCCCCACUCACCUCGCAAGAGUGUGGGGGAGGAAGGGAAAGAAGGUUGUUAGCCGCUUUGAGACUCCUCAAGUAAUAAAGCGGGAUAUCAAAUCCAAACUCCUCCUCCUCCUCUUCUUCUUCUUCUUCUUCUUCUUCUUCUUCUUCUUCUUCAAUCUUGGGUCCCCAGCUGUUGUUGGACUACAACUCCCACCAUCCCAGACCACUGGUUGUGCUAGCUAGAGAUUUGUAGUUGUAGUCCAACAACAGCUCAGGACCCAGGUUUGAGCUACACUCCUCUAAGUUAUACACCACACCACACUGACCGUCUGUGACACAGAGCUGUAGUAAUUUCUCCUUCUGAACGAAAGCCCAGAGACAGACAGUUCAUAGGGAAUAGGAAGAAUGAGAAGCAAAUAUCUCCAAUCUUGUAUUCUAAUAGAAAACUCAUUCUCUUGACUUAUGUAGCCAAAGCAGCACGAUCUGGCCACAAGGGGGUGGUAUUAGUAGCUUUGGGAAAACCCAGAGGCUUGCAGAAGUACAAAUACAUUUGGAGGAAAAAUACCGUAUUUUUAGCUCUAUAGGACGCACUUUUUUCCCCUCAAAAAUGAAGGGAAAAUGUGUGUGCGUCCUAUGGAGCGAAGACGCCAUAGCCCCGCGACCCUCUCCCGGCUGGAGAGGUGACGGGCGGCAAUGGCAGGAGCUCUAUAGCCGCGCGUCACCUCUCCAGCCGGGAGAGCGCGCGGGGCCAAAGAAGCACCUCGCGACCCUCUCCCGGCUGGAGAGGUGACGCGCGGCUAGCUGAGGCUCUUGCCAUAGCCGCCCGUCACCUCUCCAGCCGGGAGAGCGCGCGUGGGCCAAAGCAGCCCCCGUGACCCUCUCCGGCUGGAGAGGUGACGGGCGGCUAGUUGAGGCUCUUGCCAUAGCCGCCCGUCACCUCUCCAGCCGGGAGAGCGCGCGGGCUAAAGCAGCCCCCGUGACCCUCUCCUGGCUGGAGAGGUGACGCGACAUAGCCGCCCGUCACCUCUCCAGCCGGGAGAGCGCGCGCGGGCUAAAGCAGCUCCCGUGACCCUCUCGGCUGGAGAGGUGACGGGCGGCUGCUGAGGCUCUUGCCAUAGCCGCCCGUCACCUCUCCAGCCGGAGAGCGCGCGUGGGCUAAGCAGCCCCCGUGACCCUCUCCGGGCUGGAGUGGUGACGCGACAUAGCCGCCCGUCACCUCUCCAGCCGGGAGAGCGCGCGCGGGGCUAAAGCAGCCCCCCCGUGACCCUCUCCUGGCUGGAGAGGUGACGCGCCAUAGCCGCCCGUCACCUCUCCAGCCGGGAGAGCGCGCGCGGGGCUAAAGCAGCCCCCCGUGACCCUCUCCCGGCUGGAGAGGUGACGCGACAUAGCCGCCCGUCACCUCUCCAGCCGGGAGAGCGCGCGCGGGGCUAAAGCAGCCCCCCGCGACCCUCUCCCGGCUGGAGAGGGGACGGGCGGCUAUUGAGGCUCUUGCCAUAGCCGCCCGUCACCUCUCCAGCCGGGAGAGCGCGCGCGCGGGGCUAAAGCAGCCCCCCCGUGACCCUCUCCUGGCUGGAGAGGUGACGCGCCAUAGCCGCCUGACACCUCUCCAGCCGGGAGAGCGCGCGGGCUAAAGCAGCCCCCGUGACCUCUCCCGGCUGGAGAGGUGACGGGCGGCUAUUGAGGGUCUUUCCAUAGCCGCCCGUCACCUCUCCAGCCGGGAGAGCGCGCGCGGGGCUAAAGCAGCCCCCCGUGACCCUCUCCUGGCUGGUGAGGUGAGGCGACAGAGCCGCCCGUCACCUCUCCAGCCGGGAGCGCGCGGGCUAGCAGCCCUGCCUCCGGCUGGAGAGGUGCCGCGGCUGAGGCUCUUGCCAGCUGCCCGUCACCUCUCCAGCCGGAGAGCCGCGCGGCUAGCAGCCCCGUGACCCUCUCCUGGCUGGAGAGGUGACGCGACAUAGCCGCCCGUCACCUCUCCAGCCGGGAGAGCGCGCGGGCUAAAGCAGCCCUCGUGACCCUCCCGGCUGGAGAGGUGAUGCGCCAUAGCCGCCCGUCACCUCUCCAGCCGGGAGAGCGCGCGGGCUAGCAGCCCCGUGACCCUCUCCCGGCUGGAGAGGUGACGGGCGGCUAUUGAGGCUCUUGCCAUAGCCGCCCGUCACCUCUCCAGCCGGGAGAGCGCGCGCGGGCUAAAGCAGCCCCCGUGACCCUCUCCUGGCUGGAGAGGUGACGCGACAUAGCCGCCCGUCACCUCUCCAGCCGGGAGAGCGCGCGGGGCUAAAGCAGCCCCCGUGACCCUUCCCGGCUGGAGAGGUGACGCGCCAUAGCUGCCCGUCACCUCUCCAGCCGGGAGAGCGCGCAGGGCUAAGCAGCCAUAGCCCAGCGACCCUCUCCCGGCUGGAGAGGUGACGCACGGCUAUGGCAGGAGCCUCUCCGCUGCGCCUUUCCGCUGCUCUCUGAACUGCUCUUUGGGGCUGGUGGUGGGCUUCCCCGCCAGCCCCAAAGAGCAGGUCGAAGGAACCUGAAGCCUGGAGAGCGAGAGGGUCAGUGCACACCGACCCUCUCGCUCUCCAGGCUUCAAAGGUAGCCGCCACCUUGUUUUAGAGCUGGAAAACAAGAGGGGGAAAGUUCUCCUCUCUGCACAGCGCUCCUGCCACUUCGCUGAAGGGGCGCUGGGCAGAGAGGGGAGAAUUUUUUCCUUGUUCUCCCCCCUCUAAAACAAAGUGCGUCCUAUUGUCCGGUGCGUCCUAUGGUGCGAAAAAUACGGUACUACAACAACGAAGGUUGCGAACCCUGGAAACACCCCGAUGAGGACUGUGUGUGCUUGGUGGCCACUGAACGCUGACUGACUGAUGGGGUGGAAAAGUAGUCAGGAGCGGGGAUAGAAUGGGAAAUAGCAUGAUUGCAGAGUUUGUAGAAGAGCAUUCUAUGCAGCAACAUUUUGUUGCUGGUGCGGCUUGUUUUCUGGUCAUGUGUAUGUGGAAUAUGUAUGUGUAUGAGUUUGGCAGUGGGUAUAACCUGGCUGUGUCAUCCUGUACUUCCUUUCUGAUUCUUGCAAGAGAACCACCUCUCCACUAGGGACAUCACACCCCUUUCCUUCAGCCUUUUAUUCAAUGGCCACUGCUCUGAGUUUCACUUGAAACAUGUUUUGGGGUGGUGGUGGAGAAAUGUUCUCACAAUUCUUCAGUCAGCAUGGUGAGAGCACCACCACCUUGAUAUCUGACACUGGGUUUGAGGGAAUCUCUGUGCAAGAUGUCCUCGGUACGCCCUGCUCUUGGAACAGGCCUGCGUCCUCCUCAGUGCUGCUGAGGGAGAGGGUGUGGCAGGCUCCUCUUUGCUCCUGUCGCUGUGCUCUUACUUGGAGAAAUAGCAGGUGAACAGGCUGGGGCAGCCAAGAGGUGGAGCAGAAGGGGCAGGGGACUCCAGAUGUCUGCUUUUGGGCUGUUCUUCCUUGUUGAACAAUGGGCUCAGCAGUGCAGAAGCGAGGCUUCAUUGGUACCCUGGACAGCUCCAUGCAGGGCUCAGUAAUGAGCAGAGCAGGAAUGUUGUUUCAGCAGCAGUCACUGUCUGACCGAACCUCAAAUAAGAGGAGCAGAUCUGCCUCAGUCGAAUCCUUGGUCUCCUCCCCUGAAGAUGGGAAAUGUGACCCCAGGGUCAUGACCCAGCCCUUCCGCUUGGGGAUGGACCUCAUCACAUGCCAAUAAUGCUGACUCCUGCUGCUGCCAGCAUUGGCAUAUAAACACGCACCUGGCUCCUUUGACAGAUACUUGGGCACCUCAUAGAAGGCCCCAUCUUUUGUAUUGUGCUGCUGUGGCAACUAUUGUGUAUUGUCUCAAGGCUCUGUGGUAAUUGGUGGUGGUAGCACAUGUAAUUUGGUCCUUCGCCUUGCCUCCGUGGAGGUUUUGCAUGUCAUUAAAAUAACUGUUUAAUUUAUCGUUCAUUUAAGCAGACUUUAUGAUGUGUGUGUGUGCUUAAAGUUCUAUUAACCAAAAGUGUGUGGUGCGUGCACCUGCUCAGGAAAUAAUAAUAAAAAAAUUAGAUGUAAACUGAGUUUAUAUCCUUUUUAUUAAACGAAGACAAUUUUAUCACUGACGAGAGAUUUCUAAAUGGUUUCCUUAACAAACCAAUUUGGCUGCCGUACAGAUGCUUUUCCAACAAGGCGUUGGCCAAUAAAAACAGGUUAAUGUAGAAAUUAAACUUCUUCCGAGGACAGAAGCGGGUUGCAGGGUAACAUUUAUUGAAUGAUAAGCUGCAGCGGUGAUAUGAAAAGUGUGCAGCAUAAUGGGAAAUAAUCUUUUCCUGUCAUUAUUGAAGGACACACACAAAUUGGUUUUUCUGUUGGGAAAUCCCCCAGUCCAGAGAAACUUAUUACUUUUAAUAAUAUAAGGUGACGAGAAAAAAUUCUCAAGGAGAUGAACUUAUUAAACAAAAUAAUGAAAUGCUGUGAAACAGCAGGGGGAAAGUAGCCCGACUUUUUCAGCUCUUGAAUGAAACAUUUAUUAUAUAUAGAUAUAUAUGUGUGUGUGUGUGGUGCAUUCUGGCAGUCAGAUGGAUUCUGUAGAAAGUCGGCAAACAGAAUGAGAGACAGGAUAGUAAUAGGUAGCUUUGGGUGAAAAUAAAUGUAAUUAUUUGUGGGGGAACAUGAAUGUUUUAACUAAAAGAAACCAAACCCAAGAUGGCAGCCAGAAUCCAGAGGGUCGCAGAUAGAGCUACUGUUUAUAUAUCGGUGCUUCUGAGGCCCACUUCUUGGUGCAUUCCUGAAAGUUGUGGGAACAUGAGGAGGAGUCUCCUAUACAUUAUAUGAAACUGCCUGACACAGAGUCAGACCAUUGGUCCAUCUAGCUCAGUGCAUACACUGAUUUGCAGGAACUCUGGGGUUUCAUGUAGGGGAUUGAACCUGGAACCUUGUGCAUGUAAAACAGAUGUUUGCCCACUGAGCCUAUGGCCCUCCCCUUGAGGAAAGGUCACAGAGAGGAGCUGUGUUUGGGGAAAAGUAAGGCGGACAAGCUAGAGAGCUGUUGCGGCCCUGUGUAUAGCAGAGACAGGGAGUCUGUGAUCCCCCAGAUGCUGAAAUACCAAAUUAUGAAUGCGGUACUAUCCAUUUUCUGUUUCUUUUUAAAUACAGUCGUACCUUGGAUCCCGAACGCCUUGCAUGACAAAAGUUUUGGCUCCUGAACUCUGCAAACCCGGAAGUGAUUGUUCUGGUUUGCAAACGUUCUUUGGAACCCAAACGUCCGCUGCGUCUUCCGAUUGGCUGCUGGAGCUUCCUGCAGCCAAUCGGAAGCUGCGCCUUGAUUCUCGAACGUUUUGGAAGUCAAAUGGACUUCCAGAAUGGAUUCCAUUCGACUUCCAAGGUAUGUGUUACGCUUUUACAGAGCUGAAUAAAAAUCAUAGGAUAUAAAUGCCUGAACCAAAAGGGGCUAAGUAGGGAAUUCAUAUAGAAGCGAGUUCCAUAAAUGAGAGCCCACCACAGAUGAGGCCACAUCUCUUGAGCUUGUCAGCCUUCUAAAUAUUACUGGGGGGCAUGUAGACAGAGUCUCCAGUGGGGGCAGGAUAGCAUCAUACGGAUAUUGUAUACAGAUAUGCAGAUUCCUAUCUAGGCCAACUUUCUGUAUUUUUAAAUUUCCUGCUUCCUGUUCUUCUUUCUUCAAUCAAGGUUGGCUUUAAGCCUGCGGGAGGCAUUCGCACGGCCAAAGAUGCCCUGAUCUGGCUCUCGCUGAUGAAGGAAGAACUAGGAGAUGAGUGGCUAAAGCCGGAACUCUUUCGUCUGGGGGCCAGCACUUUGCUGGGAGAUAUUGAGAGACAGGUUAGUAUUCCUACUUCUUCUUCUUUGGAGAAAACUUGUAGCCGAGUAAGAUUGUCUUCCAUGAACACGGUUUUAACAGAAAGUCUGUAAGUGAUCGUGAUUCUGGAUUCACAUGUCCUUCCACAGUGGGGAAAUAAGUUUCUGGGCGGGAGUUGAUCAUGAUGAGGGUUUGCCCAGCGUGUCUUCCUCUUAGCAUGUUUUUCCCUUGCAUCCUGAGUUUCAGCGUCUUCAAAGCCCAUGACACCUUUGGUAAAGGCUGUUCUCCAAUUGGAGAGCUCACAGGCCAGUGUUUCCCAGCUGUUGGCAUUUACACUACAUUUUUAAGGUUGUUAUUCCUCCUAAUGGUGUAUUAUCCCCCCCCCAUAAAAAACCAUGUGGUUUUGACUUUUGUAGUACAGUGGUACCUCUGGUUGCGAACGGGAUCUGUUCCGGAGCCCCGUUCGCAACAUGAGCAGAACGCAACCCGCGUCUGCGCAUGCGAAGGUUGCGAUUCGCUGCUUCUGGCCAUGCGCGUGGUGUCAUUUUGAGAGUCUGCGCAUGUGCAAGUGGCGAACCCUUUGCGGUACUUCCGGGUUGCCGCAGGACACAGCCUGAAAAGGUUUAACCUGAAGCAAACGCAGCAAGAGGUAUGACUGUACAGACUUUAAAAAUUGCCUUUUGAGAGCUUUCAUUUUCUUACACUGCUGCUUAUAACGGAGCCUUGCUUUUUAAUUGGCGGUGUUUACCAAUUAGUUCUGAUCCACCUCAUUUGGGGAGGCAAGGUGGUUCUGCACAGAAGUAAUAUGUUCAUUUUGUACCAUGUUAGCCAUCGUAUAGGAAUAACCCAUGGGUAGAUCUUGCGCUGUGCAUUUGUGAUGCCACAGGUUCAGUUCCCACCAUCUGCUUUUCAAGAGACCCCAGACAAGCAGCAUAAGUCUUGGCCUCUCUUGCCAUCUCCUCCCCCCCUUUCCUCUAUCCACAGCUUUAUUAAUUUAUUUCAAGUGCUGGAAGGCUUUUAAUGGAGAAGACCGAGAGCUCGAAGGGAGAGCACUUGCACUGCAUGCAGAAGGUCCCGGGUUUAAUCCCUGACAUCUCCAUUAAAAAAACCCCAGGUAGCAGAUGAUGGAAUAGCAGAAGCCAUCAAACCCAAUAUUGUCGACUCUGGCUGGAAGCAGCUCUCACAGAUCUUAGGUUUAGGGAAGCUUUUAAUGUUUGGGGCAUGACUGUAUUUUAAUAUUGUGUUGGAAGCCGCCCAGAGUGGCUGGGGAAACCCAGCCAGAUGGGCGGGGUAUAAGAAAUAAAUUAUUAUAUUAUUAUUAUUAGGUCUAUUCCCCACCAACCACCACCUGAUCUUUUUAAAUGGAGAUAGGGGAGAUGGAACCUGAACUUUUCUGCCUACCAAGCCCCACACACUCUCCAGCUAAGCAAUGGGAAAGGCCCUCGCUUAGCAUCCUGGAGAGCCACUGCCAGUCAAAGUUGACAACUCUAGGCUAGAUGGACAAGCAGCCUGACUCAGUGUAGGGCACUUUCCUAUUUUCCUUUUUAAAAAAUAAAAAUCUGUUGCCAAAUGUGUGUGUGGAUCAUAGAAUUGUAGAGUUGGAAGAGACCCCAAGGAUCACCUUCCUGCAAUGCAGAAAUAUGCAGCUGUUCCAUAUGGGGAUCGAACCUACAACCGUGGGCUCUAUCAGCACCAAACUCUACCCAACUAAGGCCACCAUUUAAAGCAGUAUCGUGCCACUUUUAAGAGCCACAACUUCCCCCAAACAAUCCUGGGAAGUAUUAUUUUGUUAAGUGUGUUGUUAAAAGGUAAAGGGACCCCUGACCAUUAGGUCCAGUCGUAGCUGACUCUGGGGUUGCGGCACUCAUCUCGCUUUAUUGGCCGAAGGAGCUGGUGUACAGCUUCCAGGUCAUGUGGCCAGCAUGACUAAGCCACUUCUGGCAACCAGAGCAGCGCACGGAAAUGCCGUUUACCUUCCCGCCGGAGCGGUACCUAUUUAUCUACUUGCACUUUGAGGUGUUUUUGAACUGCUAGGUUGGCAGGAGCUGGGACCAAGCAAUGGGAGCUCACCCCGUCGCCGACCUUCUGAUCAGCAAGUCCUAGGCUCUGUGGUUUAACCCACAGUGCCACCCGCGUCCCUUAAGUGUGUUGUUAGGAGACCCCUAUUUCCUCUCACAAAGCUACGAUUCCCAGUGUUCCCUGGGAAGGGAGGGAUUGAUUUGCUAAACCAUUCUGGGAAUUGUAGCUCUCUGAGAGGAAUAGGGGGUUUUUUUUGCAACCACCACUGGAAGCAUGUAAUGUGCGAAGCGGAAGACUUCCUGGGGUAGGGGGGCAAGCCCCAGGACUGACUGCGAUGGCUGAUCCUUCACACCCCACAUGCUUUGCGAUAUUUCGGGUUUGAGUAAGUGCAUCAGCCCCAAGUAACUUUGCCACUGCUUUGGCUUAUCAUAUUGAUGGCACAGUCACGAGAGUUGCUCUGGGAGAAGGAUUCGGAUGUGCGAAAAAUGUAAACGGGAAGGCAACAGUCACAUAAAGGGGAAAGGAGAGAACUUCUCGGGACACAGAUGUAUUAGGCCCAAUGCAGUUUUUAGAAUAAGUCAAGGUGGAGCAGUGGUUUCAGAUCAAGCUUGAAAAAUUGUGCUUAUUCCAAAAUGCAUUGGGCCCAAUGAAAGGUGAUUCACCCGCCAAUUUGGCAGGACCCAAACACAAAUGGCACUUUCCACAUCUUUCUCCCUGGAAAGAGCCAGUGAGGUGGAGUGGCUAGACCCACUUGGCCACAAAGCCCUCCUAUGUGGUUUCAGGUAAGCCACACACUCCUGGCUUGGCCUGCAUUGCAGGGCAAUGUUAAAUGAGCCCCAUGUGUGCUUCUGUUUUUUGGAGAGGAGCGGCGCACAAAAUUUGCCAAAUAAAUAAAAUACAGAGCAAAGAACAGGACAGAAUGAGAUCAUCUUGUGUAUUUUGUGCUCAAAGGAGAUGUCUUCAGAAAACUUGUGCUAUUUUUAUCGGUGCGAGUAAUUAAAAGUUUAUAAAUGGCAUCCGCCUUCUUGUUAACCUGCCCUUAAUUUGUCAGCUUUGUUACACCUGUUUAAUUUCAUCUUUUCCAUUGCUGCUCCGGUAAACUCGUUUCCUCCCCAACUGCCCUCCUCCCACUCUGCAGAUUUACCACCAUGUGACCGGCAGAUACGCAGCUUCCUAUGACCUGCCUAUGGCUUAGACCGGUGACUAAUUCGUGAUAUGAAAGAGAAAGAAGGAAAAAGAAGAAAAAGGGGAUACACAGAAGAGGCGUAAGCAAGCAACGUCCUGGAAUCCUUUCCUGCAAACAAGUCCAAGAUGUGCUUGGGAAAGGAUUAAAGGGAAAGGGGCUCACUUUUUCACCAAGCUGGACAAGUGCUCAUGAUUAUAAGAGAAAUUCUGGAUUUUGAAGGUUUUUCCAGGUCAAUUUUGCUGUGCCUCAUUCACUGCAACAUUAAUACCAGUGGGAGGGGAGAGGGGCAAAGAGAUGAUCAAAUGAUUGAUUUAGUGCAAAUUUUGUAUUAAUGGGUUUGUUUUUUGUACUGGUGUUUCCCACCCAACCCUGCUUCCCCAUUACAUAGGCACCGAAAUAAACUAUAACAUGGUCUCCAAUAUCAGGAUGGACACUGUUGCAGGCUCUUUUGAGAGCCAGAUAUCUGAGACUUCCUGCCCCUUCUCUAAAGCUGGGCUGCAGGCUUCAGGUCUGUUCACAAAAUAAUGCAAACAAUGGGCAUUAAAAAGAAGAAGCUCUUAUUUACGCCCACCUGCCACCUAAACUGAAUUGCAAGUGAUAUCUGAAAGCCUCCAGAAUCUCAGAAGCAACUUUUGAUGUAUUCAGUGGGAGCUGGGGAGGUGUUGUUAGUCUAAACAAGAACAAAAAGAGAUUGGUUUAUACGGAUCUAAAUCAGCCUCAGGUCUUCCAAGUGCCUUGGACUACAACUCCCAUCAUCCUUCACCAUUGGCCAUGCAUGCUGGGAAUGAUGGGAGUUGGAGUCUUAGAACAUCUGGAGAGCACUGGGUUGGGGAAGGCUGCUGUAUCCCACAAUGUGCUGAAAAACAGAGCCAUGGAUGGUUGAAUUAUUGUCAUCUUGAGCUUGUUAGGGCUUCAACAAUUUGCCUCACUCCCCUACACAGACACAGACAUGCAUCUUGCAAUGUGUCCUUCCUUCCUUCCUUCCUUCCUUCCUUCCUUCCUUCCUUCCUUCCUUCCUUCCUUCCUUCCCCCUCUCUCUCUCUCUCUCUCUCUCUCUCUCUCUCUCUCUCUCUCUCUCUCUGUGUGUGUGUCUGUCUGUCUGUCUGGAUUGCAACCUACUGUACUGCACAUUGUACAGGAUACACUACUUUUUUGAGAUCCAGCAGGGUGCAUGGCAUUUGCGGGCUGCUAAACCCAUAACUAAACCUCAGCUGCACCCUUAUGCAAGAGUCUACAAGCACAUGCCUUGGAGCUGAGCCCAGUGAUUCUGGAGCACAGGUAAAGGGCUGCAGCUUCCCCAUUCAUUGAGAUAUUUGGGAGAUUUUUCUGAAUGAGCGAUCCUGACAGGCAUGCAAGCGACACCACCUUCUCUUGAGCUGGAAACCUCUCCUGCUUUUGCAGAGAGCGUUGCACACACAGGAAAUCAACAGAACUGCAGUACGCAGACCUGUCCACAAAUUUCCCAUUUGCUUUUAAAGUCCUUUUAAUUCUUUGUAGGCUGAUGGAGGGAGGAAUCGUGUACAAAUACUGUAAAAAAUCGUUACACAAUCUGAGCCUCUGGUGGUUUUUUUUUUAAAAGGAUGGGAUUAUAUUUUAUGAAAUCUUGUCUCAAGUUCUAACUUUGCAGAAAUAAAUUGCUUGACAUUUUAAGAACAUAUGUUUAAAUAAAAAAAAAAAUUCUGUGCAGGGAUUGUUCUCCCAUUUCGCUUGAGAUUAAUUACCGUGCGCACGCGAUUUAACUAAAAAUAAUCGCUACCUUUCUAAAGAUCAGGCCACCACGAGCUUUGUGCCUUAUUUUGUUGCUGCCUUCUGCUGGGGAAGGAAGUGGGGCUCAGGCGCUGGGCAGACUUCAGAUUUUUUCCAUUUUCUCUCUUAGACUUCCAGUUCCCACUGCCACCAUUGCGUGGAACUGCCGACUCAAAAAGAAAUGUUUGGCUUGCUUUUUAAAAAAGAGGGGUGCAUGAUUUCAGUACUGCCCAGAACAGUGUUUCUCAAAACUUGGGUCUCCAGCUAUUGUUGGAUUACAACUCCCAUCAAACCUAGCUAGUGUUGGAAUAUUCUAGAAGAAACUUGUAAAUGGCUUUGGACAAGUUGCUAGGCAAUGGAAAUUUUCCCCAGCAACAGGUGUCCUUAUCAGGGCAUGCAAUCAAUUAAGUCUGGGUCAGUGUAAAUGAGUACAGUGGUUCCUCGGGUUACAUAUGCUUCAGGUUACAGACGCUUCAGGUUUCAGACUCCGCUAACCCAGAAAUAGUGCUUCAGGUUAAGAACUUUGCUUCAGGAUGAGAACAGAAAUCGUGCUCCGGCGGCACGGCAGCAGCAGGAGACCCCAUUAGCUAAAGUGGUGCUUCAGGUUAAGAACAGUUUCAGGUUAAGUACGGACCUCCGAAACGAAUUAAGUACUUAACCCGAGGUACCACUGUAUGUGAAUGAGUCUCUGGCUGGAUGGCUAAAAAGAGAAAAAGAUGAUGUUUCUUUAUUUGCUUUCCCCUCCCUUUAUUAAUGACCAAUGUAAAGUUCUGUAAAUAAUAAAGACUCUGAGAAACCGAACCAAAUGGUGUUUAUUCCUGUAGUGGGAAUUUCACUAAGAGAUAACUGGAAUGCUACUGCUAUAAAGAAGUAAAAGAUGCAAGGAAACUGCUGUUAAAAGAUCUUCUGCAGACAGAAAUGAAAAUCUAAGAGUAGGAAACUCCGACGAAAGAAGAAUGGCAGACAAAAUUAAUGGCAGACUAUGCAGAAUUAGACAAAAUGACUGGAAGGAUUUGAAACUGGCAGGACUAGAGAUUUGAAGAAGAUUGGAAGAACUAUACGAACUAUUUGAAGAGCAAUUGUAAUCAACAAAUUACACUAGUAGGACUACAAGAAGUUUUGUAAGGAGAAAUAUAUGAAAUAUUGCAAAUAGAGAAAGAAGAGAGAUUAGUUAUGAGAUUUAAAGGUAAUAGUGGAAGUAAGAGAUGUAUAUUAAGUGAUUAGAUUGGAAAAUUUUCAGAUGUGAUUGAUGGAAGUCAAAAAAACUGUAUAAGAUGUAAAAGUAUGUUUGAUUAUUUGAAAAUGAUAUGU